GUUUUAUAUCUUUCCAUAUUAUCCAUAAUAUUCGCUACAUUACAAGUGUUAUUAAAAUCCUACUAAGGUUUUCAUCUGCUUACAAUAGUCUCCUAGAUAAAUUAUAAUUUUUUCUCAUUCUUCGUUGAAGUUUUGGUCUUCUUGGUUUCUGAGCCUUCCGGUCAGUUGUGUCAUUUUGGCACAGCUUGGUUUGCCAUGCCUCUCUGGUAUGGACUUUUGUCUUCUUUCCAUCUCUGGGCUAGUAGCAUCUGCAUUGCUGUUGUCACAUACAUGAAGUCUUUUCUGUUCCUUUGGAAUAAUAACAAUUCCUAAUUGUUCCUAAUAAAAGGCUUCUGGGUUUGUUUGUUUGUUUUUACAAAAGUUAUUUUAAACAUUUUCUUUCAAUUCAUUAUGUUUCUAGUUUUGCUGUACGCCACAAACCAAUCAUAAAGCACCAAACAAGUCACACGAACCAGCGCUGCAGAUUAACACUGAUUUAUUAACCAUAGCUGUCAACGUUUCCCUUUUUUUAAAGGGAAAUUCCCUUAUUUCGAAUAGGAUUCCUCGCAAGAAAAGGGAAAAGUUGACAGCUAUGUUAUUAACAGCAACAGAAAACCCUAAGGUAUUUGUUUCUGUCACACAGUUUUAAAAUGAAGUCGUAGCAUAUUUAUAUAGAGUAUAUAAAGGAUUUUGUUUUGUCAUGUUUACCAGACGAAAAGCCGACGUCGUUCAUUGGACGAGCUUUUUCAAGCCGCUGUUUGCGGUUCAAUGUUAUUUAACCGCAAGCUAGUUAAAGGCUUGGAGAGGGGAAAUCGUUUAUUAAACCGCUAAAUUUUAGCAAUUUAUGCGUGAGAUUGGCCGCCUCAGGCCUUCAACGGUCAUCUCUCUCGUCGUGGACUUAAACCAUGGAAACAGCCCCCUCCGCUGCCCGCCUGACUUCAUAAUCCUCAAGAGUUAGGGAUGCAGGGCAGUUUAUCGGCGCCUCCCCUCAAAUCCCGCCGCGGGUACAAAAACAAAGCAAACACUCGCGCACUUAUCAAGUUUGGCUCACUAGGCCCGCCGUAGACUCCCCGUUUCCUUCCCCCCCCUUCGCACCCGCCUUCUAGCUGCCGGAAGCGCCAACCCGGAAGUUUGGGUGCUUUCUGUAGCCGCACGUGCUCCAGUCCGCCUCGCGGGGAAGAGGGGCGGAGUUCCAAGGACCCUCCCGGCCGGCCAUGAGCUCCCGGGCAGCUGUGGUGAUUGGUAGGUUCCUUCUUUCCUCCGUCCGAAGGUUCCGGCGGGGCUGAACCUCCAAGCCCCGCGGCUCAUCCCUCUUCUCGUUUCAUCGCAGGCGAGAUGCAGGCAGGGGAUGGUCCGGACAGCGAGCCUUGCUCGUCUGACGACGGCGGCGGCAGCGACGGCGCCUGGGAGGAAGACGACGAGUCGAAGGCGCCCGCGCUGGCCUCGUGCCUCUUCUGCGACAGGUUCGGUUCCGUUUGCCUCGUGCCCCCGGGUCGGAGGGGAGUCUCCACCCCGACAAGCCUCUCAGCUCUUGCUUUGAUCUCAGCAGUGGCUCCAUCAGCUCCCGUCGCCUAGUAUAUCUGCAUCUUUUUCUCAUUCCCUUCCCCUGCAUUAGUGGGGCCCGCCCGCCCGCAGCAGCAGCUUCCAACAACAGUAAUUAUAUAGGAUGCGGAGCAAGCUGCCCUUACACUGACUCGGACCAUUGGCCCAUCCAGCUUUGUCCGCACUGAUUGGCAGCAGCUCUCCAGGGGUUUCGUGCAGGAGUCGUUCCCCCAGCCCUGCCUGGAGAUCCAUUGGGUGGAAUCCGGGAUCUUGUGCAUGCAAAGCAGGUGCUCUGUCACGGAGCGACAUCCCUUGCAAAUCCGAAUAGUUGUUAAACUGGCAAGCAAGACGACAUCUUACAAAAUGCCUUCAGCUCCCAAAGAUAUAAUAGAUGUCAAAGCAUCCUGUUGUAUUUUUUUAAGCCCCCCCCUUUUUAGUAGAGAAGUGCUGGUGCUGUCUAAGUCAGUACAAAAGAAUCCAAGGAGUGCAAAGUUCUAAGUUAUAUACUUGUUGGUAUAAUGUGGAUGGGAGGCUGAAGUUGUUGGGGAUGAUGGGAGUUACACUGCAGUAACAUCUGAAGGGGCACAGGUACCUCCAUCCCUGAUAUAAAGGCAAACUGGUCAGCUUCUCUGUUCACUUUCAUGGUAACUGCCACCAUUAUAACUCGCUAAUGACUUCCACAAAGUUGGAUGGGUUUGUGCAGGGCAAUAGCUGUUUAACAGUAAAAAUGGGAAUAAUGAUUACUCUGGGAAGGGUUUGUCAAGCAAGAGAGGAGCACAGGCAGCAGCUGUAAGAACUGUAUUGUUCUUAAAUGCCGCUAGUUUCCAUCCAUCUCUCCUUGCUUUUUUCCUGUUAAUUUUUGAAGUUUUUACUGCAAUACAAUAAUAUGUUUCCAGUUUCUAUUCAACAUUUAUUAUUCACUUUUAUACUCCUGGGCGCAAUCUACUGAUAACUGCCCAAACCACUAUCUACUCAGCUAGAUUUUUUUUCACUUUUCGGGAGCUUGUAGUUUGUUUUCUAUUGCUGUCAAAGUCAUAUUUUAAAAGCUUAACAUAACAUAUGAACAAUUUCUGCAACAUUUGAACUGUGUUUUCCAAGAUUUUUCAGUUCAGCUGAAGAUGCUUUUUGCCAUUGUACAUCGGAUCAUGGGUUCAGUAUUGGAAAUCUGGCUCAUAAACACAGUAAGUUUAUUUCUGCAUUUUGCUGCAAGUUUACAUUUUACAGAUUGAUGAAUGGGUCUUAACCUGUGAAAUAAAACCCAGAUUUCAGAGCACAGGGAAACGAUUUUACGUAUACUUUAAGUGUUUUUAGUUAAACUGUUUUAAGUGCUUGUAUGAAUGUCUUAUUAUGUUCUGUUUCAGUAUGAUUUAAAUAAUUCUAUCCAGUGAAGCAGAAAGAGAGAAUAAGCGAAGCUGAAUAGCAUUAUUUGAAGCUUCUUAAUCUACAUAAAAGAUUGAUUCAUUAGCACUAUAGUAUAAGUUGCCAAACACAGAAACAUGCAAAAUCUACCAUGUUGGGUGUGACAAGCAAGAUUGUUGGUGUUAGACACUCAACAGAUCUUGGAGGCUAAAGAUAAGCAGUCUACAGUUCCAUGUACACGAAUGGGUGUGUCAUCAAGUCUAUGUGGAUUAGCUCUGUAUACAUACUGGAACUUUUGAGCCUGAGAGAGAUGUCUGGAUCUGGACUACAAGAAAAUUGCUUAAUACUAUAGUAAAUGGUAUCUGUGAGCUAUGAAAUACCUUUUGUGUGGUGGCAAACUGCCUGCUAUUACAAUAGAAAACACUCUAUUGUAAGUGUGAGCCAGUAAGAGAUGGCAUAUUCUUGGCAGUCUUCUAUAGGGUGAUAUUUUUAAAAAAACAGACUAGAGGUUAUAAUAUGGAAUAAAAUAGUUCAGCAGAAAGAAACAACCAUGUCUGAAUUCCAGUGGUAAAUAGAUUAAAAUGUUGACUGACUUUUCAGCUUGACCAAACACGCUACUUGUUUUCCUCUCUCAUUUCUAGAACUCGAUUUCUAUGGUUACAUCAAGCUAGUGAACUUUAUUAGACUGGAAGUAAGUAACCAAGUAUUAUCUGACUAAAGUUAAGUUAUACUAUGCUAUGUCUCUUCAAGGGGACGCGGGUGGCGCUGUGGGUUAAACCACAGAGCCUAGGACUUCCCGAUCAGAAGAUCGGCAGUUCAAAUCCCCGCAAUGGGGUGAGCUCCCAUUGCUCGGUCCCUGCUCCUGCCAACCUAGCAGUUCGAAAGCACGGCAAAGUGCAAGUAGAUAAAUAGGUACCACUCCGGCGGGAAGGUAAACGGUGUUUCUGUGCGCUGCUCUGGUUUUCCAGAAGCGGCUUAGUCAUGCUGGCCACAUGACCUGGAAGCUGUACGCCGGCUCCCUCAGCCAAUAAAGUGAGAUGAGCGCCGCAACCCCAGAGUCGGUCAUGACUGGACCUAAUGGUCAGGGGUCCCUUUACCUUUACCUUUAUGUCUCUUCAAAGCCAUGCUAGUCAGCAUUGGUUUAAAGUUUAGUAAUAGGUUUAUGAGGAAAACGGUGCACUUUUUUCUAAACAUGCAAUUACUAUCCAUUGUUUUCAUUGUUACAAUUUGUCUAGUUAAAUUUGUACAUGUAAAAUAUAUUGAGGCUGCAGAUUUGGGUAUGGUAAGAUGUGCAAUUGGGAGAGAGAAAGGUUCUGUUCAGAUGUAGAAUGUAUGGCAAAUGUGUAUCAUAUAUACUGUUUUUUUGUCAUUUUAUGCUACUGAUAGGGCUUGAAUACAAUUUUAAGAACCCUCAAGGACAGCAGAUUCUGAUGUCAAUUUCCACAUAUCCCCUUAUUCCUGCUAUAGGUCUUCCCUCACCAAAAUGGGGGGCACCAUUUUGGGAUCUACCUCAGGUGGGUGCCAAAAUGGAUUAGGCUGGUCUAGCGUACAAAUAGCAAGAAAGAUUCAGCAUUUUGGAACAGUACAGUUACUUGCCCAAGCUCUCAGUUAAUACUUGUUAGAGUUAAGGUCUGAUACCAGACUUUUUCAUUAUUUUCCUUCUGUGGUGACCAUAAGGAUAUUUUUACAACAUUAAGCAUACUUUAAACAUGUUAAGAACGUUAUACAGAAUAUUCAUUUUUUAUUUCAGAAACCAACUGUAGAGUAUUUUAGUUCAAUCAGUACCCCUUUUCCUUGGGAGGAAGAGAAAUAUCUGAAGCCUGUCCUGGAAGAUGACCUCUUACUCCAGUUUGGUAGGGUUCUUUUUAAUUUUAAAUGUGUAUACUUAUAGAUGAUGAAAAUGUGCAACUUUAUAUACUGAUGGUUUAAAAAGCGGAUAUAUUCUAGGCCAAGAAAAACCUCUCAUAUCUUCAGAUGAACACAGAUGGCAUUCUAUGUUUAGAUUGAGCACCUUAGAGGAAAGAUGGGAUAUAAAUAGACUUACAAAAUGUAGUAAUAAAUAUAGCCUUAUUGGCGUACAGAACAAGCCAUGCAGUUAUUUGGAUCCCAAAUACUCAGUAACUCUUAAUAUUUGCCCACUGUGUGAUAAAUUCUCUUGGUUCAUUUCCAGAUAUAGAAGAUCUCCUUGACUCCACUGACAUCUUUUGUUCUAAUGGACUAACUGAGACUUCAUCUCCCAUUGAGCGUUUGAAACAUGCAGAGCACAAAGCAGAGCUGGCAGAAGCAGCAUUGGCCAGAGCCCAAGAAGAUCUUCAAAAAAUGAGGUAUUGGCCAGAGAGCCUUUUACUCUAGUAUCUAUUAGACUGAAGCAUCUUUUAGUGCUUAGGCUACUAGAAACUCAGCAGGAUGAUGCUUCAUCUGAAUGGAUUAGAAAGAGGUUAGUACGUUCCUUAUGAAAUUCGGAUAUAUGUGUUGACAGAGAGACCGAGCCUCCGGCUAAGUUGUUGGGAAGCAGGAUUCUGCAAACAAAUAAUACAGCUGCCAUUCUUAUUCCACAGUGUAGGGAUGUCACAGACAUGGCAGUUCCUGCAGUACUCUUUCUAUUUUGAAAGUUAAAAAUUCUUAUAAAUGGGGGAUUUGGAAGUAACGUUCGGUGCUUGCUGUUAGAGAAGAAGAAGAAGAAGGCGAGUGAAAGCGCUUGUGCAAAAUUUAAAAUAAAAUAAAAUAUAAAUAAAUAAAUGGGGGAUUUGCACAUCAUGUUUCCUGAGGUGUUAUGUGGAGGGGGAAAGAUGCAUUUUACUUUAUUUUUAGUUUUUAAAAGAUAUACUUCUCCUGUUUAUCCAAGGAGAGCCAAGGCAGCUAUGAUAAAGUAGAAGAAAUGGAGCAACAGGUAUAAUCCCUAAAAGCCGAUUCAGCAAAAUUAACGCAAGUAGGGAAAUAGCUUUUUUGUAGAAAAAGACCAGGCCUUCACUCGCUGCCUGAAGCAGUAUAGUGAUGGGGCCUGAUGGAUUUCCUUGGCAAGGUGUUCCAUAGGGUAGGAGCCACAACAGUCCCUACCUUUAGCUGACCUACCAGCCUUGUCUUCCAAGUUUGAGGGAUUUGCAGCAGGACCCCAAUGACAAUUGGAACAUGCGGGAAAGAACAUACAGAAGAAGGCAGUUCCCAAGUUGUUACGGGGUUUAAAUAUUUAGACCAGUGCUUUUAACUAAGCCUAUAGAAAUAGCAUGAUAGAAUCAAAGCACCUAGCUCAUGCCAGCAUUUUGACUUUUGUGAUUUUGCAGUAAUUGAAGUGUCCAAAUGCUUUUUCAAGAAUAGCCUCGCAUAGACUGUCAGAAUUACAUGUGUCUAAACAGCCGGUCACUAGAGCAUGAACGAUGAAGGCAAAGCCUGUUUUGUCUGGAAGGACUGUACCUGGCACAGCAGCCAAAGCUUGAAAAAGGACACCCUUAGUAACCAACACCAUGUGUAACAAAUGUGAGAUCUGGAUUGAGGAAUGCCUCCCUAUCUUCCAACUAUGCAUACCUGGUCAUUCAGAGAAAAAACUUCAUGCAGAAUUGGCUGAGUCACACAGUCAACCUACAAAUAGUUCUGUUUUGUCUGCAUUAAGUUUCAGCUUCUUUGCAGCCUAUCCAGUCCUUCAGAGUUACAGCACAAUUCAGCCUUUCAGCUCCUUCCCUAGGAUCAGAUGAAAAUGAGAGGGCGAGUUGGGUGUAUGCUGAGGACUUUGCAACCCAAAUCUCUGGAUUUGUAACACCAGGCCCGCCAGACAGAUUCCUUACUCUACUGGCAAACUGGGAGUCCAAGUCAAAAUAGAUCUGAACAAUUUUAUCUGCAAAGUUCUUCACAAACAGAUCACAGUGGGCUUCCAUGGCUUCUUGUAACUUUCUGAGGACCUUGAUGUAAAAGGCUCUGCUAGAUGGCACUGAGCAAGAUCAUCCAGGCACCAUAAACAUAGCUCGUCAGUAAGCCAAAUGAACUUUUGGGAAUCAUUCGUAGGGGGGAAAGGCCUUAGGAGCGCCUGCGUUAACCUGUGGAGCACAGAAGUGAUCAGGCCAUCAGCAGAAUGGUCAGCUAUGUGAGUUAGAAAAUCCCUCAGAGGCAUCAGAAAUCCCUUUCAAUCCAUCAGUCUCUAGGGGUUGACCAUUUUAAUUGGCCUCCCACCUCUGUGGUUAACCAGAUUCUAAACCAGCAUGUCUGCUUUACACCACAGGAAGAAGCUGUUUAAAAAUGUUCUACUUGAAACUCCAAAAUUAAGUGUUUUGAUGAGGUAUUUCCUAGUUAAAGGUGUAGUUGCUGUUCCUACAGUCCAUGGUUUCAAUUCAUAAUGCACUGAUCACAGCUACUCUAGUCUCUUCUUCAACUUAUUGCCCCCUUCUCUUGCAAAAAACCUGGAACUUAAUGGAGAAAUUAAUUCUACAAAGUAAUUAUAUUCACCAACACAGAGGAAUUGUUGGAGAUUUAGAGCUCCACUGGCAGACUUUAUACACAUAUAUAGGGAAUAUCUGAUCAUUUAGAAGACAUCCCAGAAUCUAAUCAGGAAAAGUAGUAGAUAUUUAUUAUUUCCAGAACCUAAAAAAGUGCUAUUUUGGUGUCAAAAUAGCCAGUGUGGUGUAGUGGUUAAGAGCGGUAGUCUUGUAAUCUGGGGAACCGGGUUCGCGUCUCCGCUCCUCCACAUGCAGCUGCUGGGUGACCUUGGGCCAGUCACACUUCUUUGAAGUCUCUCAGCCCCACUCACCUCACAGAGUGUUUGUUGUGGGGGAGGAAGGGAAAGGAGAAUGUUAGCCGCUUUGAGACUCCUUAAAGGGAUUGAAAGGUGGGAUAUCAAAUCCAAACUCUUUUUCUUCUUCUUCUAUUUAAAACCUUUCAUUUUAGGCAUUGAUUUGGAAGUGGUAGCAGAUCUUAUCACUGCUUUCAGAUUUGUUCAGCAAAUAAAUUAGGGGGCAAGGGGAGUAUUGCUUCAUCAGGUUCAGAAUGGCUUUCCAGAAUCUGGACUGCUGUAGUAAUGUCUAAAUUAACAUAUUAUAGAAAAAUGAGCAAUGAAAAACCAAAUAAGCAUUUGGAGUGAUGCACUGUCCAUCCCUAAAGUGUGGACCUUCUCUCUCUCUACAGAGAGGGAGGUCCAUGGAUGGUGAGUGAGAUUCACUUUUACAUGCCUUCACGUGAUGGGCAUGGAAAUGGCCACCAUACUGUCAUUAGUUCUCCAGUGGUGGUGACAGCAAAAAGGUGUUUUGGAGUAGCUCAUGGGGGCAUUGGGGACCCCCAGCCCUCCCGUGUUCUUUGGAUCCAAAGGCCUCAGGCAACAUUCUCUUGGGGUGGGGGUAUGCCAGUUCAGCCCCCUUGCCAUCAUCUGCCGUAGCUGCAUAAAAGCAGCAGGGCUUUGAAUUUGGCACUUUUUCUGCCGCAGAUCCUUUGUCCCCUGCUGCUGUAGGAUUGCGCUGUUAAAGUGAGUGAGUGUUCUUCCAGCUGCAUACUACAUUCACUUUGAAAACAUGGUACUUUUUAUGGCUGCCUUUCCUUUUUCCAUAGCCGAUGGCUUGUCCUUGAAAGAUCAUUUUCUGUUUUAUUGCUAAUUAUUUUCAAUUAUACGUAAUAAGGACAUCUUGUACUAUACCAUUUGGGUAAUUGGGGGAUCUGUAUCCCUGGCUUCUCUGCUUGUUUGCCUGCCUUUUAAGAACACCUUCAAAAGUGCGUCCUCCUUGGUAUAGUUGUGGCUUUUAAGGUUAACGAUAGCAUCUACUUUAAAUGGCUUGAUGUGGAAGGCUUUUUAUCUUGAAGGUAUCUUGUGAAAAUAGCAAGUCAGGAUUCCAAAUCAUGAGUUCUAGGGAAUCUGAAAUGUGGAAAAAUACUGAGGCUAGCAUGCAAAGAGAAUACAAAUUUUGUACGUUGCAGCGUCCUGCACAGCAGCCAGCAGGGGGAGCUUCAGCAUGCUUCAGAUCCACGAUAGCCCCGUGAAACUUGCAUGCUUUCUCUCUUCACACACCCUCCCCGCAUUCCUUUUUAUGAUCUCCUUAACGUGUCUCAAGGGUCUGUUCCAAAUUGAUUACAGACAAUUUGCCCAGGAUUUCGUGAUGAACACAGAAGUCAGAAGUGGCGCCAUUGCGGACCUAAAAGAGGAUGAGGAAGAUGUUUACUUCAGCUCAUAUGGCCACUACGGGAUCCAUGAAGAGAUGAUAAAGGUCAGCAAACCAUUAGAAGCAUGUCUUUCUCGCCAUAAAGAUGGAAGCCAUGGGGGUUUGUCCAUAAGUACACUGCAGCAUAGCUAGCUGCAUUUUUAACCCUGACUGUACUUCCUGGUUGUUGCUCUGUUCAAAGCAAAGGUAAGAAAUAAAAUAAAAAACCCACAAUAGAAGCACGAAGGGGGAAACACUACAGAAGAAUAAGCACCCAGGCUCAAGAUGCAGAGGGGCAGGCACAGCCUAGUCUUACUUUACACUGUCCAGAAAGCCGGUCGUAAAGGUUUGUGGAUUCCCUGCAGAGGGAUGCAGCGCAGCCCCAAGACAAUUUGGCCAGGAAUGAAAACGGUCAACUCUGUUUAUCUCCAUGAUGGAAGAUACUUUGGAUAUAAUUACUUUCGGCUCAUUUGGAUAUGGUAGAUCCUGGUGGCUAUAAAAGUAGAUGGUUGAAACGGAAAGAUGAAAGUACUGAUGGCCUGAAAUGUACUUUGUUCAUGAGAACAAUCCAUAACUUUGUCAGAAAUGUUUUUGUUCAAGAGAUAAAAAAACAAAACCCUGUGUGUGUGUUAUGCUACCCCGUUAUCAGAAUUUUAUUUCGUGAGGGUUUUACAAUAAGAUACAACAACAUAUCUAUUCUAUAUAAUUGUAAUAUAGAAAAAUCCACGUAUGAUUAGGCAGCAGGUGAAACUUGUGGGACGUAAUCCCCUGAGACCAGUCAAGUACAACAUUCCUUGUUUUCAUAGAGUAGACAUGCAAGUGAAUUUUUGGUCCAGCCAGUCAAAAUUUCCUGUUCCUCCCAGCCUGGAACAUCCUUCUUUGCAUGUGACUAGUGGGUAGCCGUGACCUUUCCAGACCGGGUAAAAGGCCAAGGCAUGCUGCCAGUCUCUCUCCUCUUUUCCGUCUUCCUUUUGUCCUGCAAACUUCCUGGACUGCUAACUGCAGUCAUUAGGUCAACCUACAUAUGGGGUAAACCUCUUUGUAUAUGCUUGUAACUUUAAGCCUUAAGCCUGCCUUUAGGGAUCACACUGUGCUCUGCCUGAUCGUGAGUAAACUUUCUUUUUAUUGCUUAUGAACAAGACUGUGGUGUCUUUAUUCUUUUAGGAGGGAUUCAAGGGGUCUUACCAGGAAAUUAGAACACAAUUCAAUCGGGACAAGCCAGAUUGAAUUGCGUAUUGUCUUAAGAAACUUGCGCGAGUUUGCAACUAGUUUUCUGCUCUUUAAAGGGGAGUGCACUCUGCUGAGUAAAGGUACUUGCUAGUGCAAGUUAGGAAGGAUAUUAAUAAACAAUAUAUCCUCUCCUGCCACCCUGAAGAUUCCCACAAAACUGAAAGCACUUAGCAUGCUAGGUUCUGUUAAGUCACUGGAACUCUAGAUUCUGAUCUAUGUUAUUCUUUGCUCUUAUACUACUCAGUUGUUAUAAUGGAAAAUAUUCCACCUCUUCCUUCUGGGUCUUGUAGAUCCCUGCUUACACAAUUCAUUUAUGUGCAGGGCCUAUUGUAGGUUUAGAUCCUCAAUAUAUACGAAAAAGAUUGGGGGAGUGGAACCUGUCACUCAUUAGGUGCUGUUGAACUCAAUCUUCCAUCACUCCCAGUCAACAUUGCCCGUGGUCAGGGGUGAUGAGGAGUGCAGAGCAGCAACAUCUGGAGGACCCAGGUUCCCGGCUUAUUAUUAUUGUAGAUCAGGAAAUGCUUGAAGGCAAGUUAACAUAGGAUCAACAUUCCAGAAGUCUGAGCUGAGGUUGUCAUCUGUAUGUGGAUGACAUGCAGCUCUUUUGCAUUUGUCAGUUCCAAGACAGUGGAAGAAGCCCUGAUCAGAUGUUUUGGGCACCUUGGAGAUAGAUGGUGGUAAACAAACGUACAAGACAAAGACAUCGUGGGUCAAGAAAUCUGCUGAUCUGGGUGGUAGAACAGAAGUGAUCCUGGACAGGCGUGCGGUCCUCCUAAAGGGAUAACUUACAUAACCUGGAAGGCUAUUGGAUAGACCACCUACACUCACAUACCUGCCCAAGCCUUAAGGCUGGCAUCAGAGGCCCCAAUAUCAGAUCCAUCGGCGAGAGCUGCUAGGCUGGCCCUGCAACUCUGGAAUAUCCUUCCUGAGAAACAUGUUCAGUACUCUUACUUGCAAGUCUUUGGAAGAGCUCUGAAGUCCUACAGUGGUACCUCUGGUUAAGAACUUAAUUCAUUCCGGAGAUCCGUUCUUAACCUUAAACUGUUCUUAACCUGAGGUACCACUUUAGCUAAUGGGGCCUCCUGCCGCGCUGCCGCUGUGCGAUUUCUGUUCUCAUCCUGAAGCAAAGUUCUUAACCUGAGGUACUAAUUCUGGGUUAGCAGAGUCUGUAACCUGAAGUGUCUGUAACCUGAGAUACCACUGUAUUUAUAACAGUCUACAUAUAGAUAACUUUAUGUUACCAUCUGUCAGGGAACUGCCAUCGGACGGAAGGGAGGUGAAAGGGCUCACACAGGUUGGGAGAGACGCAGCAGCUGAAGAGGGAACCAGCAGGGAGGUGAAAGGGCUCACACAGGUUGGGAGAGACGCAGCAGCUGAAGAGGGAACCAGCAGGGAGGUGAAAGGGCUCACACAGGUUGGGAGAGACGCAGCAGCUGAAGAGGGAACCAGCAGGGGAGAGGAGCUGAGCUGGAGGGAUGGCUCAGAGACACUUCCAGCGAAAACAGUGGGGAGGUUUCAGGACCUCCUGUAAGAACACCCACUCCUCGCCGGAAACUGUCACGCAGAGAUUCCAGAAGACGUGUUUCCGUUAAGGAGCUUUUAUGUUGGAAGCGAUUACGAAAGCAACCACUGUCGGAAUCUGCUAGUGACUAGAGGAGCCAUGUCUGAGGGGCUCCGUCACAGACAGAGGUUUGUGGACUUGAACAAACUCUGAGGGGAUACGCUUUUACGCACAAGCAGCUCAUCAUCCCAUCACAGCAUUCCGACAGUCUUUGAAAGCAGCUUGUGCAGGAGAAGGCAUCAUGAGCAACCCAGCCGGAACCGGAGAAGCAGGAGCUGGAGUGGGUCCAAGCCUGGAAGAAAGGUACCGGGUGUUGGAGGUCCAGCUAGCGAUGCAGACGGCGAGGCUUGAGGAGAGGAGGGCUCAGGAUGCAGACAAAAGGGAAAGCCACCCAGCUCGCCAGAAAGGUACCAGGAUUGGUGCAGAAGUUUGGGGGGGAGCCCAAAAACUAUCAUGGCUUUCGGACAGAAAUGCAAUAUGCCCUCAAUCUGCAGUUUGAUGAAUUCCCUGACGAGGAAUCACGAGUGGCUUUCGUGAUUGAGCAUCUUGUUUUUUUUUGUUUUUUUUUUUUAAAAUAUUUUUAUUGCGUUUUUUCCACAUAGAAAUACAAAGUCGGAUAUACAAAGAAAUAACAGAAAAGAAAAAGAAAAAGAAAAAAAAUCAUCCUACCAAAGCAAUUUUCCAUAACCAACCGGACUUCCCACGUCUCCCUCACCUUGCGUUCUUUACAAUAAAAUUUUUCCAUAAAUUAUAACCUUAUUUUGUGCAUUCUUUUGUUCUUUCAAAUACUUAUGGUUUACGUUUAAAAUGCUUAUUGUCAAUUUACACUAAUAACUUAUAUAAUGUUCUUUUAAACAUUAGUCCUUUCAUUAAUAUAGCUUAGUUUCCCAUACCUUAAUCUUAUUGCUGAAGCUGAAUUCUUAACAUUCAUAUAACUUAUAAAAUCUUUGUAAAUAAUCUUUAAAUUUUUUCCAAUCCUCCUCCAUUGCUUCUUCUCCCAAAUCUCGGAUCCUGGCAGUCAUCUCGGCCAAUUCCAUAUAGCCCAUCAAUUGCGUCUGCCACUCUUCCAGUGUGGGUAAAUCUUGAGUCUUCCAGUAUUUUGCGAUAAGAAUUCUUGCUGCUGUAGUUGCAUACCAAAAAAAGGUUCUAUCCUUCUUUAACACCUUCUGGCCGACAAUGCCCAGUAGGAUUGAUGCAUCUUGAAAAGGGGGCGAGAGACUGGGUUAGACCCCUGAUGGCAGCGAAUAGUGACGUCCUAAAGGACACGAUGAAGUUCUUUCGCGCCAUGGAUCUGAUGUUUUCCAGCGAUAUUGAAAAGGGAGUGGUGCGCAGACAGUUAAUGGGUUGCAAACAGGGAGCCGAUCUGUCCGUGAGUACUGGACUGAGUUCACCAUGCUUGUUCACAGAUUGGGGUGGGACUUAUCGGCGGAACCCAUUCAAAUGCUCUUUGAAGAAGGGCUUUCUUCGGCUGUGAAAGACGAACUUUCCCGGGCGCCCAGGGCGGAGUCUAUGGACCAGCUGACCAAAUCAGCGCUGGCCAUAGGAGGCGCGCCAGGAGGCGAGAGCAUUGGAGAGGCGGGAAGGGAAGGGGAACGUUGGAAGGAGUUCCGCAUUCCAGACAUUCCAGAGCCAACUUUCCCACCGGCAGAGCCGAUGGAAAUCGGAACAGCGCGCGCGCGCAGUUUCAAAGCCCAGUGAGGGGGCAAAGAAGGAGGGAAAAGGCGCCCGGAAAUGCUAUCUCUGCCAACAGCCAGGUCACUUUGCCAGAGUCUGCCCCCAGAGGAAAGAAUGGCAAGGGAUGGUAGGAGCUGUGGAUGGAAGAGAGGAAGAAAUACCGGAGCAAGUAAAAGCCAACGCCUGGUUGCCACUGUCGGGGCACAGCAGCCAGGCCAAAGAGCAGUGAGAGUGCCCACGCCAGAACCUCCUAAACCCGCCCUAGUGAUAGAAGUGACGCUAGAGCUGCCAACCGGACACCCUCUAAAGAUAAAGGCGCUGUUGGACUCAGGCAGCUCCUGCAAUUUCAUGAGCAAAGAGUUUGCAGCUGAACACCAGAUACAGACAAUCCCUUUAAGCAGCCCCCUGCAGGUGACCACGAUCGAUGGCAGGGAGCUGUUGGGUGGAGAAGUCAGCUUGCAGACCGUCCCAAUGAUAAUGAAGGUAGCAAGGCACACCGAACUGAUAGCUUUUAAUGUGGCCACCUUGGGAGGAGCUCCCAUUAUAUUGGGGAUGAGCUGGCUAGCGUUACAUGAUCCGCUGGUGGGCUGGCAUCAGAGAGUGGUUUCUUUUGGUUCAGCACAUUGCUUAGAACACUGCAAAGAGGAAAGGGUUUGGCAGGGGUCCAAGCCACCCUAGCAGGGACUGAAGUAACAGAGAACGUGAAGGUACCACGACAAUAUGCAGAUCUCCGUGACGUCUUCAGCGAAAGGGAAGCUGACCAACUACCCCCGCAUAGACCCUUUGACUGUCAAAUCAAUUUACUCCCUGGAGCACAGCUCCCUGUAGGCAAGCUGUACGCCAUGUCAGACAGAGAGAUGCAGGAGUUAAGAGAGUUCAUUGACAAGAACCUGAAGAGAGGGUUCAUCAGAGAGUCCAGGGCGGUGGGGGCAGCCCAGUGUUUUUGUGGAUAAGAAAAACACGAACAAGCCGAGGCUGGUGUGCGACUUCAGGGCCUUAAAUGCAGUGUCAGAACCAGUAGCCUUCCCUAUGCCCAGGAUUGACGACAUUUUGACAAGGGUGCGGAAGGGAAAGAUUUUCACAAAGCUGGACCUAAGAGGGGCGUACAACCUGGUACGAAUAAGGAAGGGGGAUGAAUGGAAAACCACUAUGUUCACCCCUUUAGGGGCAUUUGAAUAUUUGGUUAUGCCCUUCGGCCUACAAGCAGGCUCCGCAACAUUUCAAUCGUUUAUGAACCACGUCCUGGGGCCUUUGCUUUACAAGAAUUGUGUGGCCUUUUUAGACGAUGUGUUGGUGUAUUCUGAGAAUGAGGAGCAGCAUGUGAGAGACGUCAGAGAAGUGUUGAGCAGGCUGCAAGCCAACCAGCUGUGGGUGAAACUGGAGAAGUGUCAGUUUCAUACCAAGGAGGUGGAAUUCCUGGGGUAUCGCCUGUCAGACAAGGGAUUGGCCAUGGAUCCCGGCAAGGUCCAGGCGGUGCUGGAAUGGAAAACACCCAAAACAAAGAAGGAUGUGCAGAGGUUCCUAGGAUUUGGGAACUUCUAUCGUAAGUUCAUCCGAAACUUUGCCCACCUGACGGCGCCCAUUACGGACUGUCUCAGCAGUAAGAAGAAGUUCGUGUGGACUGAGGAGGCGGAGCGAGCAUUUGAGGACCUAAAAAGGGCCUUCGCCUCGGAACAACAACUCCUGCAUGUGGAUUUACAAAAACCGAUGAGAGUGGAAACUGACGCAUCAGACAGAGCGAUUGGGGCGGUGCUUCUGCAGCCAGGGAAGAAGGGGUCAGAGUGGAGACCGUGUGCCUUUUUUUCGCGAAAGCUGAACAAAUCCGAGAGGAACUACACGGUGUAUGACCGAGAACACUGUCGGAAUCUGCUAGUGACUAGAGGAGCCAUGUCUGAGGGGCUCCGUCACAGACAGAGGUUUGUGGACUUGAACAAACUCUGAGGGGAUACGCUUUUACGCACAAGCAGCUCAUCAUCCCAUCACACCAUCUUUUAAAAACUGUUCAGUUUGGUGUUGAAGUAUUAAUCUGUUGGUUUAUCUGAUGGUUAUUUUUGCUACUUCUGGUUUGUUUAUUAUGUUUUAGUGUUUUGUAAUCUUACUGGAUUUUUUAAAAAAUUGACUAUAUAUAAUACCUCAAGAACCGCCUGUCCCCAUAUAAACCUGCCUAGGCUCUGUGUUCAUCCUCUGAGGCCGUUCUUCAUGUGCCUCCUCCACGUGAGGUCCAAUAACACGGGAACUGGCCUUUUCUACAGUGCUCCCCAUUUUUGGAAUGCUGUUCCCAGGGAGGUUCACCUGGUGCUUUCAUUAUAUAUCGUUAUGUGCCAGGCGAAAACGUUCCUCCUCAACCAGGCCUUUGGCUGAUUAAUAUUCUACAGUCUUUUUACAUGUGUGUGGGAAGGGGAAGUUAUUGUUUUUGUUUUAAUUACUUGUGUUUUUAUCUUGUGAACAACCCUGAAAUCUUUUGAUAAAAUGCAGUAUAUAAAUCUAAUAAAUAAUAUGUAAACCGCCUUACGAAGAUGACUUAGCCUGAAAGGCGAUUCAAAAUAUCCAUUAUAUAUAGCCCUUUAUAUAGCUUCUGAGGACUGAACAUAAGACCUUUUUCAUGCAAAGCAUGUGGUCUGCCAUUGAGCUACAGCCUUUCAUGUGCAGUUAAGGGGUGAUUAAGCUCCACAUGGUCUCAGAUGUGUUAAUUUAGAUGUGUUAACUCAGUGUUAAUUUUUUAUAUAUAUCUUAGAGGGGAAAGCAGGAUUAAAUGUUUAUACAUGCCUUUUCCAUUGUUGGGGAGGGCGGACUUGUUAACACUGGAUUUGUCAGACUAUCGUUUAUAUGGUUGAAAUGGAAAAUAUUGCGUAUGUUUUAAGCACUUCCCUAUUUGUUCUGCACAAGGACCCAGGUUUGCCAGUUUUUUUGCUGUUGCAGCAUUGCAAAUAGUCUGUUUUUCUAUUUGAAUUUGGGCUUUAACAUAUAUAAUGGAUUCCCUAUCUUUCCCCCUCCUCCUUUUUACCGUGUAGGAAUAAUAUUCCUACACAGAAGCAGAGGGGGCAGUGGUUGAUGGAGGGGGGAAAGAGGAGGUAACAGUGCCCCAAAAUAAAUGACUAGAGGUUUUCUGAGCAGCCGUGCAUGUAGUGAAGACAGCAGUUGGAAAUCUAUUGAUUAAGUUCAGGUAGCAAAAAGUAGUGAGGGUGGAAGUCUGAGAGAUUCACAGUUGACUGCUCUUGUGACAGACAAAGAGAAUUUUAAUCUUAGGCAGUCUCACGUAAUAGAGUGUCAAAGUAGUGGACGCAAAUAAAUAAAUAGCUCCUAAUCCUCAAAAAUGAGCAUUAAAAGAGACCCAAAUGAAUCACUUCAUUUCAGAUGUUUGCAGUAAGCAAUACUGAAAUGCUCUAUUUUAUUUUGUUUUAUUUUAUUUAUAACUUGCACCUUCCACCCAAGUUGAAUCUUCAAGAUGUCUUGCAAUCAGUGAUGCGAAACAAUAAUUAAACAACAAUCUGAAAUUGGCAAGGACCAUAACUAAGUGGUAUAGCUUAGUUAUGGGGCUGUUUGCACAUAGUACCUGGCUUCUGCAGGUCGGACUGGGGAAAUGUCUUACCCAGUCCUUGAGGAGCUGCUGCCAGGCAGCAUAGACUCUUGAACUAGAUUGCCUUAUACCAGGUCAGGCAACUGGUCAGUUUUCCAGCAAUAGUAUAAAGUAAAUAGCAUCAAGAACACCACAAAGUGCUAUAAAAUGCACAUUCAACCAAGGUUCUUUUUACUUGCUAUCUGCAUAUGUCCAGUGAGAUAGAUAUCAUAGGGCAGCAAGUUCCAUAAACCUUGCACAGCUGAUGGGAAGGACCAGUCCCACGUUUCCAUUCUCUGCAUCUCACAUGGCACAGAGAUGCAUAGCAUGGCCUUUCCUGAUGGAUGCAGCUCUUGACAACACCUGGGUUCAUGCAAGAGGUGGUCCUUUUAGAUAUCUAAAGCCCUGAAUAGGGUGUUGGGAACCUGUGGCUCUCCAGAUGUUACGGAACUACAACUUCCAUGAGCUCUAGCAGCCCUGGCCAAUGGUCAGUGAUGAUGGAAGUUGUAGUUCAGCAACUUUUGGAAGGACGAGUUCUCCAUACCUGCCAUAGAAGAUUUGGAACCUAAAGGUUGCUUGUUUUUUCAAUAUGUUAAAAUCUUUAUAAACAACCAUUUCAUAUUGUAUUCUCAAAUUCUUAUUUAUAAAUUUACAGAAGCUUACAGAUAUGGUAGUCUAGCUCUAGUUGUUAUUUUGCUUUUACAAACUCAAGCUCUGGAAUAUUGGUUGCUGCAGAGAAUUGUACUUUCAGCGUUUUAGCAUUGCAUCCAGUGCUGCAGUGUCCAAUUUGUAUGCAAGCAAAGGUUCUUGCCUUUUUUUAGCUGUUCUCUGCGCACUUUAUACUCCCUUCUCUUCUUUUUUUGACUGCUGUCAUAAGGAGCUAAAAAUAAAAACCUUUGCUUGGCUGAUUGGUUCUCUAGCCAUUUGCAGGGAUAGUAAAGCAUAUGGCUUGCUGGCAGUCUUUCUCCCUGCCUACGCAUAUUAAAAGGAGUGAUUUUAGUUGGUUGCAGAGACAAGCUACAUAGCCAGAUCACGUACCGAUGUACUACAUCAAUUCAGGUGCGCGAACUGGAAAAACACCAGUAUAUCUCUAGUCACGCUGAGUGGGCACUGGAGGCUUUUUCUGAGCUUGGCAUUUUGUAGAGUGAAUUGCACAGCUUCUGAGAUUCACUUGGCUAUAUACCUUUCUUGGUUUAUAUGCAUUUGCUGAAAAUAAGAUUUCUCCUAGAACAGCAUACUUUGCUACCUAGAGCUGACCAGUGGCCUUAUUUACAAAUAGAAGCAGUAUAUUACUUUUCUCGUUUAAUAUGACUUCAAUCAUUCAUACCCCAGGUACUAAUAUUCAAUAAGAUUUGUGUUGGACUGUACUCAAGAAGCAAUGUGGGGGAAGAGAUAUAUGAACCAUACAUUAAAUAUUUCCUUACGAGUAAAAGGGACGGGUUAUAUCUUCAGUAUUUCAUUUAUACCCACUAACUUUGCCAAUGUUGCCGUAACAGGCUAGACAUGAAUUUGCUACUUCCUGAUUUAUUUGUUUUUUUAAAAAAGGACCGUUAAACAUGUCUCUGCUUAGAAAAUUCCAAAACUUGGUUUGUUUGUUUUUUAAAAAUGGAAUACGGUAGGGAACAUUGGAAAGGUGACAAAAGCAUUUUAUUCUACUGUAGUAAACUGUAAGUGUGCUCUGAACACAUCUUUUUUAUUUUAAAUAGGAUAAAGUACGCACAGAAAGCUAUCGUGACUUCAUAUAUCAAAACGCCCACAUCUUUAGAGAUAAGGUAAGUGGGCCAGCUUUAAAGCUCUUAAUGUUCUUGCGGUAUGGGACUCUCUGCGGUAAUAAAAGCCUCUUGGAUUGCUUUCUUUCUAGAAUUGGGAGACUGAUGCUUUGACAGGACUUUGAUUCAAUGUACUUGGGUUCUAUUACACAGAGAGUAUUAUUAUACUGCUGGAGGGUGCAGAGCACUGAUAAGAGAAAUUGCUGAUCAGCAUUGUCAUUGUUCAGUGUGCUGUCUUUGAGUGUUCAUUAAUUAUGAUGGCAUCGUUUUGUUAAACCUUUCCUGGUCUACUGUUCUUUAAGUGGCAUCUGAAAUAGGCCACAUAUACACUUAUUUACAGUAAUUCAAGGCAAUUUCUAACCUGUAUCUUGAAUGAUAAAGGCGUCAUGGCCAUCCCUAAGGAAUUGGGUUCUGGAAAUAGUUCAGAUUCCAUUGUUUUCUUGUGACUGAUACCCACAUAAAUUAGGCUUUCCUGGGCAGUGUAUAAAAAUCCAUUGUUGCUGUUAUCUGUCUUUGCUGGGGACUGUAUUCUGCUGUUUUAUGGUGCUACCAAGCAACAAGGAUAAGUGCAUGAAAGAGAAGAAUGCUCUAAAUACGUGGCACAAUCUGUUCCCCCUAAACACAUACAGCAGGGACCCACUGCUGGGCCUUUUCCAUUGUCUCCUUCAUUGGCCCUUGGCAGAGCAAAUAUAAUGUCAAUGCACUGUGACGUGCCCUCAAUGAAAGGCCUGUCCAUAUAUUCCAUACAGAUACAUGUUCGCACUACACUUCUAUGCCCUGGUUAAAAUACGUUAAAGAACAGAUUCCUGAUUCCCCCCCCCCCAUAAUGCAAGUUAAUUCACAGUUUUUGCCUGGCCUUGUUAAACAACCAGAGUCCUUGAAUGGGGAGCAGUGUGUUGUCCCCAGUCUUGUGCUUUGCCUCUUUGAGAAGUCCACUCCUGUCCUCUGCCUUGGAGCUGGAGAGGGAGCAAGGUUCAUCCCCAUAGUUGUGUGAAUUUCUAGGGACCAUCUGUGUUUCCUUCUCCAACUACAAGCAUUUUACUUUUGCCAAUGUUGGAAAAUUGGCAGAAGGAAGUAAGCAGACCAGUUUCAGCAGCCACCCAUUCUACUUUAUCUGCCACUUCCAUAGUUAAAAAAAUAUACUGAGUAAGUUUGAAUACAUCAGGUGAAUUAAGAAACAUAGAAGUAGCAGUGCCAGCUAUCUUGGGGCUGACCAAAGGUGUGAAGAACAGCUUGCCUACCCAUUGGUUUAAGGACUGUCCUUUUUUUUUGGUUGAGAGAGGUUUUUUUGAUACCUGUCAGAACAAAAACCUGGAACACCAGUUUCUCUGUCAAGACCCUGUUGAUGUUUUGUCACUGACCCUACGUAAAUAAUGAUUAACAUUACCAUAUUUGAGGGUAGCCUUGCAUUCAGAAAUGUGAGGCUAAAUGUUCAGGGAUUUCAUGCAUUUAAUAGGAUGAAAUUGAAUGUAAUUUUGAACCUUUCAACAACAGUCUCCCUUUAUUCUCCCCAAAGCCAGUCUUUAUAUACUUGACUGACAGAUGACAAGGUGAAAUGGGUUGCUUUACCUUUUACAUGGUGAUGCAUCCAGCUGCAGUAUCAUUCUCAUGAUUCUUGAUGCAGUGUAUCAUCAGCUACCAUUAGCUGUUGUAAAAAAACAAACAUAAAGGAUUGAAUGAGAUACUGUGCUAUGCAGUGGUACCUCAGGGUAAGAACUUAAUUCGUUCCAGAGGUCCAUUCUUAACCUGAAACUGUUCUUAAACUGAAGCACCACUUUAGCUAAUGGGACCUCCCGCUGCUGCCACACCUCCAGAGCACGUUUUCUGUUCUCAUCCUGAAGCAAAGUUCUUAACCUGAGGUACUAUUUCUGGGUUAGUGGAGUCUGUAACCUGAAGCGUAUGUAACCUGAGGUACCACUGUAUUUAUAUUUAUAAUGGAGUGUGUAAAGAACAAAGCAGUAUAUAAGCAGGAAGAUAAACUAGCCAGACAGUUAAGAGUGCUGCGGUCAUAAUGCCUAACCUAAAUAUCUAGGUACUUCUUCAGAUCUUUAAUCUACACUUGGAAGUUCACUUCUGUAAGCAAACUGCUGCUUUAUUCCUAAGCCAAAUGAUCUUCCUCUCUGAUUUUUUGUGAUUAUUAAAACAAAAAACAAAAAAAACCUCAUCAUAGUGUUUGCUAUUCAGCUUGGAAAUCUCUCUGGUGAAAAAUCACUGAAGGGUCUAUAAUGAAAAAAAGCUGACAGGCCUUUAAUUACAGGCCUGUAAAUGGCACCACUGGAAUACAGUCAGAGCCCUCCAUCAGAUGUUGGCAGUCUGAAUAAUUAUCUGGUGGCUGAACACUUGUGUGUCCAGUUAUCUGGGAAUCUGUCUUGUAUCCCCCCCCCCCCAUGCUCGCCAGCUCAACUUAUUUUCAAAUGAAUAUAGGUGGGUGUUCUGUUGGAGGAAUUCAGUGUUGCACUCUUCUAAUCGUUUCAUCAGUGCAAGCAUUUCUCCUUUGCCAGGCAGAACAAUCCUCCCUCUCCUACAUGUUAUUCUGGGGGUUCUUCUGGCUCUCCAGAGCAUAUUUGGGGGAGGCACAUGGGAGGGAGUAAACCCCAUUGCACUAGCAGGAGCCCUUACAUUGGUUUCUCCUAAUGUGCCAGGUUAGUUGAAUUUAGGCCUGUGUGUGCACAUGCACAUACAUAUGUAUGAUACACAGGCAUGUUAUCUCAGUAUUGGACCACAUAUUCUACAUAGAUGGCUUGAAUUCAUCAUAGGAAUGAUAUACUUAAUUGUACUGUCCUAAUAUGUUGGACAAGUAACAUUCUUACCUAGCUGCACUAUGGUGUUGGUAUUGCUGAUUUUGAAUGUUUUGGAAUUGCAACGAGAUUUCAGAGGCACCAUAAGAAUAUUAUUUGCCUGGGGGUUGCGUGGAUUCAACCUGUGAGACAUUGAGAUGUGUGUUUUUUUUAAUAUUGUUUAAUGCCAAGUUGUUCAGAUUUCUCAGUAUAGCUUACGACACUCUGCAAAAAUUGUUUCAAUAGCUGCAUGCGACUUGUGUGGCGGGAAUUGAAGAACCUGUAGAUGUCUGAAUGUUGCUAGACUAAAAUUCCCAUAAUCCCUGACUGCUGUCCAUGCUGGUUGGGGCUGAUGGGAGUUGGGAGUCCACUUGGAGGAGUACAGGUUCUCUAUCUCUGCUAUGAGGUGUACAGUGGACGCUCGGGUUGCGAACGUGAUCCGUGCAGGAGGCAUAUUCGCAACUCGCAGCGUUCGCAACCCGCAACACUGCGUCUGCGUGGGUUGUGAUUCGGCGCUUUGCGCAUGCGCAAAGUGCCGAAACCUGGAAGUAACCCGUUCCAGUACUUCCGGGUUCGGCGCGGUGCGCAACCCAAAAACACACAACCUGGAGCAUCUGUAACCCAAGGUAUGACUGUAUUCUUUGCUAUCCUGAGAAUUUAAUCCAUUGUGUUUCUUAUUUAAUUUUUACUGGGAACUUGCAAACUUUCACAAAUACGUUUUGGGGCUCCAUUAUAAUGGCUUUGUAGCAUCACCAAGUAUUGCCACACUAAUUCUUUCUUUCUUUCUUCUGUUAGAUUGUCCUGGAUGUUGGUUGUGGAACUGGAAUCCUCUCCAUGUUUGCUGCCAAAGCAGGUGCAAAGAAGGUGAUAGGAGUAGACCAGUCUGAAAUUAUCUAUCAAGCUAUGGACAUCAUUAGGUAAGAGAAUUUUAAAAACUUGAAUUCCCUGCGUUAAUAUUCUUCACUAUGUACGCACCCAUUUUUGGGUGCCCAUCUGCAUUUAAGAGUGUGGCACUUUAUAUUUUUAAGUAACACUAAUUGUCCCCUGUACAUUGCCUGGCUUACUGGCAAGGGAUGCUGUUGCAUAGUUCACUUUCUGUACAGUCAGCAAAGCCUUUAUUUAAAUUCACCACUAAGUCAUGGGCAGCAAAUUAUGGGAUCCAGGGACAUGGCCCAAUGUUUAGGAGCCUCUAGCUCUCACUGUUAAUGAGGAAAGGAAAACAAUAUUUGCACCUAAAGUGGCAAAACAGCUGCCUUUCACAACAUUGCAAUUAGAUUUCAACCCUGUUUUUUAUAUUGCUUGUAUUCUAUAUCCACUUUGGGAUAUUGUAAAGACCUUGGCAAAUAAGCUCAUAUAUGGACAUCUGAUUGGGUGUAUUUCUAGCUCUUAAGGUGCAAGAUGUAGAAAGUACUACCAUUGCAGUUGAGGCAAUUAAUUUUUUCAGAUCCUGCACAAAUUGGCGGGUUUGAGCACGUUACAUGAUGUGUGCAAUACCUCUAUCACGGAACUGCAGUUUCUAUGAAGAGCAGUUAUCUAGGCUUAUCCUUUUUCUGAAGUGCUGCAGGCAGCUGUUGCAUUAAGAAACUGCCAUUUGGACUAAUUUUUUAUUCCUUCAUUACGGAGUACAGGAAGACCUUGCUACACUUUGUAUCUGAGAUUAUUAUGGAAAUACCUGUCAGCGCAACAGUUUUGGAGUUGUUUGAUUUGCAUGCCAUGGUAGGGGCAAAAGUGGGAUUAAAAGAACUAAUCUUACGACAGUGAUGAAUGAUUUCUUGGAGUACCCAGUGAACAGUUGCUCUAAGGUUACAUCUGCUGAUCGUAAAAUUGUUUCAUUUGUCUCUAAUUCACAUUAAAACAAUUUGUAAGAGUCUUGUUACAGACUUUCAGAGUAGCUGUCACAGCCACCCAUUUUGAAUACAUAGUAUGCAUUCAGACGAUCUUAUCUUGGCUUAAGUUGCGAUAUAUGAGUGCACCUUCCAUGCCCCCAUUGAAUCACCACACUUUCCCUAUUGUGUUCAUGAGUGAACAAGCCCAGAAGUAUUCAAUCCAUACUGGGAAACUAUGGUUAAUGGCUUCAGAGCAAGCCACGAUAUGAAGCCAUUGUUAAAUUGUUUUCAUAUCCUGGCUUGUUCCAGGGCUGUUGGCCAUGAUUUUCUUGUUCAAACUGAGGAUUUCCUGGAAUGUCUGCCUAAGCUGAGAAGUGAUUGGCAGUGAAGGUUGGUCAAUCCCCAUUGAUCAGUAAUCAGUCACCAGAGGCCAAAGUGCCAUGAGUGCCGCCAUGAAUGUACUUUAAUUUACAUGGAGGGCAGAGAUUGGGCUCAUUGUUCUGCAUGUACAGUCCCCCUAGGUGCUGUAUCAUUGUUCACUUCUGCGAUGCCCUAUGUCAUUGGCUAUGUGUAAUAUAAAUCAUUUUGAUAUCUCACGUGGUAAAAAGUCCAUUGCUAAAUUCCUGAGCAUCAUCACUGCCGUUUUCCCCCCUUAUCGUUCUUUUGUGGGUAUGUUAGGGUAAUGCUAUUGUUGGAGCACUUGUGAAUCUUGACCAGAAGGUGUGUAACAUUCUCGACGUUGUGCUUGUAGACUCAAUGGACUGGGAGAUACUAUUUCUUUGAUCAAAGGAAGAAUUGAAGAAGUUGAUUUGCCCGUUGACAAAGUGGAUGUUGUCAUAUCCGAGUGGAUGGUGAGUGCACAAAUAUGUUCUCUUAGAUUUUAUCAGCAAUACUUGAUCUGAUUUUAGUGAACUUUGUCACUGUGUGUUUAAAUUAUAUAUAUUGUCAGAUGUUUUGGCAUUAUGUGUGGGUAUGCCAAGGGGAGGGCAUUACUGUGGAGGCAGUAAUGCUUCUGAAUGCCAGGAGGCAAGAGUACUCUUCUGCUCUUCUCCUGCCUGGCCACUGUGAAAAUAGGAUCCUGGACCAGAUAAGCCACUGGCUUCAUGCAGCAAAAUAGUCUUAUGUUCUUAAUGAACAGCCAAUAUUUUAAUUGUCUGUUCAUAUGUGUUCAGCUUCUACUUAUACAAAUUAGCCUGAGAAACGGAUGCAAAUUAUGCGUGAUUUGUAUGUGUGUAAGCAAUCCAGGAAGUGUGGCUUUGUGGACCCACACACACAUUCAUGUUCUAGAGCUUUCUAUUAAUGACAUGAUAGUGUAUCUUUCAAAAUGGCACAUUUACAUAACACAACUGGUAAUGCAGUGUAAAAGGAACACUAGAAACCAGGACAGAAGCGCUGUGAUUGGGGUGGGGUGGAUACCAAAUUGCAUCAUAAUUGUUCCAUAUAACUUUCUUGUUUGAACAGCCUGAUAAUAAUAAUUGUGAUGGUGUAUACAGUGGUACCUCGCAAGACGAAAAACGCGCAAGACGAAAGAGUUUUCCGUUUUUUGAGUCGUUCCGCAAGACGAAUUUCCCUAUGGGCUUGCUUCGCAAGACGAAACGUCUCGCGAGUUCUUGCGAGUUUGUUUCCUUUUUCUUAAAGCCGCUAAGCCGUUAAUAGCCGCUAAGCCGCUAAUAGCCGUGCUUCGCAAGACGAAAAAACUGCAAGACGAAGAGACUCGCGGAACGGAUUAAUUCGUCUUGCGAGGCACCACUAUACAUCUGGAAAAACUUCUCAGAAAUAGAAAUAGUUGGUGAGUGUUAGAAAAGAAGUCUGGCUAUUUUUAUAGAUAUAUUUGGGCAUCAAAUCAGCUUCUCUAAUGGUAUUGCAGCAUGGAAAUUUGAGACUUGCAUAAAGCCAAAUAUCCUUGGAAAAAUAGAGAGACUUGUGGUAGCAGGCAAUGUUCUGAUCCAUUUAUUUGAGGAAGAUGUUCCUUCAAAACACUGGAAUGAAGUGGUGCAUCAUAAUGAAAAGGUCAGAAGUAUUUUUUUGUGGGGGGUGUGGAGAAGAUCUACUGCUGCUGCUGCACCGUGAGUGUUGGGGAAGGCCGCUCCCUCCUCAGGCUAACUCCACCAGGCCUAGGGGGCGGGGCCCAGACUCACCUUCGCCACAGCUUUAAGAGGCCUCAUUGAGGCACUGGGACAUCGCUGCUGCUGCACCGUGAGUGUUGGGGAAGGCCGCUCCCUCCUCAGGCUAAUUCCACCUGGCCUAGGGGGCGGGGCCCAGACUCACCUCCGCUACAGUUUUAAGGACACUGGUGCUGCUGCAGCAAAUGUUAAAAAUGUUUUUAUAUAUUUUAAAGUGUUUUAAAGGUGUUUUUACUUUUUACUUUGUUGUACCACCGUGAACAGUGGUUUUUAUCUAUGUAUUUUUAUAUUGUUCCGUUUUAUUGUGGUUUGGGGUGGGGAUUGGUUUUGUUUAGGUAUAAUUGUUUUUGGUUUGUUUUGUUUUUCUAUUUUGUAAAUGGAGGCUUGUAUGAGGCUUGGGAUUGCUACUGUGGAGGGGCGAGGGAGGUAUGGUGGUGGGGGCAGAUGUUAUAGGCGAAGGGGAUCGAGAUAUGGAUAUGCUCGUACCCCUUCCAAUCUGCGCCCCAUCCCGAGGGACGAGAGUAGGGUGAGCAAGGAUUACUCACCUCCGUCACUGGUGUUGUGCAAUGCCAGGUCUAUAGGCAACAAAACUGCCACUCUGCGGGAUUUCUUUACCUCGCAGGGGUGACGGAGACCUGGGUGCGCGAAGGGGCAACAGUUACCUUACGAGAGAUGGCGCCCCCGGGUUUCUCCGUCCUCCACCAGUCGCGGACUGUGGGCCGGGGGGGAGGGGUGGCAUUAUUAAUCCGGGAAGAUUGUUCUUUCAGGGCUCUACCAUCGCCAUCGAUCCCCGGCAUUGAAUGUGUUGGCCUAGUGUGGGACUCUGAGGUGAGCUUGGCUGUCUGGCUGGUGUACCGGCCACCUAGCGCACCAGCAGCCACCCUGUCAGGCCUGCUGGAGGCGGUGGCCGGCUGGGCCUUGGAGUUCCCUAACCUAUUGGUAUUGGGGGACUUCAACAUCCAUGCUGAUGCCACUCCCUCCUCACAGGCUCUGGACCUGGUGUCUUCCAUGGCGACACUAGGGCUCUCCCAGUUUGUUUCAGGCCCCACACAUCAAGCAGGCCACACGCUGGAUUUGAUCUUUGGCGUAGGUAUAGAUGUGAUCAUGUCUCCUUCGAUGAAGGUGCCAUGGUCUGAUCACUACGCUCUGAAAGCCAGGAUUGAUUUUCCACCCCCACCCUGCUUAGGUGGCGAGCCAAUUUGGGCUCGCCCGCAGAGGCUGAUGGACCCUGAUAGAUUCCGUCAGGCCUUGCGGGACCUUGCUUUCCCUGGCGACUCAUUGACUGAGCUUGUUGAGGGCUGGAAUAUCCAGCUCCUGGCAGCCAUAGAUGAGAUCGCACCUAAGCGCCCUCUGCGACUCCGCAGAAACCGGGCUCCCUGGUUUACCGAGGAGCUUCGGAAAAUGAAGCGGGACCUCAGACGGCUAGAGCGAGUAUGGUGGGGUGCCUGUGACGGAGCCUCAAGAACAUCUUAUAGGGUUUUUAUGAAAACCUAUGAGAUGGCAGUGAAGGCCGCUAAGAAGUCUUACUUCUCGGCCUCCAUUGCAUCUGCUAGCUCUCGCCCGGCGCAAUUAUUUAGUAUAAUUAGGUCUUUAACGUCCCUUGAAGGACAGCCAAAUUUAAAUAACAAUCUGACACACAGCUGUGAGGCAUUUGCGAGCUUUUUUGCGGAGAAGGUCCUGUUGCUCCGCCAUGACCUCCCUGCCAAUUUGGAUACAAUAAAGGAACUGGAGGCCCCUCGACUGUCCUCGGGUCCAGUAUUGGACCACUUUGAUCGGAUAUCCCCAGCCGAUGUGGACAGACUCCUCCGAGCUGGAAAGCCCACCACCUGUCCUCUUGACCCGUGCCCGUCUUGGCUGAUUAGAGCGUGUCCAGACGAGGUGCGGGCCCCCCUGGGGGAUAUCAUCAAUUUGUCCCUUGGCACCGGGAUAUUUCCAGGGGAAUUGAAGGAGGCAGUGGUGCGCCCGCUCUUAAAGAAAACAUCAUUAGAUCCCUUAGAUCUAUCCAAUUACCGCCCGGUUUCGAAUCUUCCAUUCCUGGGUAAGGUGAUUGAGAGAGCGGUUGCUGAACAGCUUGGUAGGUUUCUGGAUGAAACAUCGGCUCUGGAUCCAUUCCAGUCUGGCUUCCGCGCUGGUCAUGGGACCGAGACGGCUCUGGUCGCCCUAACAGAUGAUCUCCACAGGCAGCUGGAUCGAGGCGGGUCGGGGCUGCUGAUUCUUCUAGACCUGUCAGCAGCCUUCGACAUGGUCGAUCACGAACUCCUGGACCACCGCCUUGCCGACGUGGGGAUCCAGGGCACAGUCCUUCAAUGGCUGCGCUCGUUUCUCUCUGGUCGGGGACAGAGGGUGGCGCUUGGGGGGGGAAUUGUCAUCGCGCCACUCCUUGGUGUGUGGAGUGCCUCAGGGUGCGAUACUCUCCCUGAUGCUUUUAACAUCUUUAUGCACCCGCCCAGCUGCCGGAGUUUUGGGCUGGGUUGCCAUCAGUAUGCCGAUGACACCCAACUCUAUCUGUUGAUGGAUGGCCAUCCUGACUCGGCCCCAGACACACUGACCAGAUGUUUGGAAGCUGUGGCUGGAUGGUUACGUGGAAGCCGGUUGAAGUUAAAUCCUUCGAAGACAGAGGUCCUCUGGCUGGGACGGGACGAUAUGGGAUUGAGGGGGCAACUCCCAUCUCUUGUAGGGGUGCAAUUAGUGCCAGCACCGUCCGUUAAGAGUUUGGGUGUAAUCUUCGAUACCUCCCUCUCUAUGGAGGCGCAGAUUACAGCUAUAACAAAGGCGGCAUUUUUUUCAUCUCCACCAAGCUAAGCAGUUGGUCCCUUAUCUCUCUCGCCCUGACCUAGCCACUGUGAUCCACGCGACGGUCACCUCCAGACUGGACUAUUGUAACUCGCUCUACGUGGGGCUGCCCUUGAGACUGACCCAGAAACUCCAGCGGGUGCAGAAUGCCGCGGCAAGACUCCUUAUGGGGUCUUCGCUGCGAGAUCACAUUCAUCCGGUACUAUACCAGCUGCACUGGCUCCCGGUGGAGUACAGGAUCAGGUUUAAGGUGCUGGUUUUAACCUUUAAAGCCCUAUACGGCCUAGGACCCUUGUACCUACGGGACCGCCUCUCCUGGUAUGCCCCACAGAGGAACCUACGGUCUGCAAAUAAAAACAUCCUGAAGGUCCCAGGCCUCAGAGAGGUUAGGCUGGCCUCAACUAGAGCCAGGGCUUUCUCGGCUGCGGCUCCAAUCUGGUGGAACGCUCUGUCACAAGAGACUAGGGCCCUGCGGGACCUGACAUCUUUCCGCAAGGCCUGCAAGACAGAGUUGUUCCACCAGGCCUUUGGUCAGGGCCCAGCCUGACUCCCUCCUCUGGCAACCUGCACAGAACUUUGCUUAACGGUUGCCAUUAAUUUGAUUUUAAUUAAUUUUUAUAAUGAAAUGUUUUAGAAUGUUGGAUUAUUUGAUUGUUUGAUUAUUUGAUUGUUGCUAGCCGCCCUGAGCCCGGCUUUGGCUGGGGAGGGCGGGAUAUAAAUAAAAGUUGUUAUUAUUAUUAUUAUUAUUAUUAUUACUUGCUUCCUUCUUCAAACUUAAAAGUGAAUGAAUGAAUAGUCACUUGCCAGCAAAUGUAUUUAUGUUUCUUGGUUGGCUAGCAGCCCCAUGAUGAUAAAUAUUGUAGGCUGAUUCCAUUUUUCAUACCAUACAUAAUUUAUGGAAGUCUAAUAAAAAUGUACGUGACCUACUUUAAAACCUAACAUCUUUUGAAGAAAAUGUGUUGAUAUACUCCAGUAGAGCUUUCCUGCAGAAAUUUAGGGAAUAAGGCUGCUUUUUGAACAUAAGAUUCUGUGUUGUAACAACAUUAGACUUGAAUAGACACCUGCUUAUGUAUUUAAUUAUUAACUGUUUAAAUUCUGUGCUAUUCUGGCUCUUCUGUUUUACUUAAAUACGCCCGUUGCACACUUAUUUGAAUAUACAUCCUUUGUUUGCUGGCGAGAUCUCAGUGAUUGUGUUCAGAUGUACUGCUAAAUGUUGGUUACUGCUAUUCUCUCUCUACCUUCAUGGCCGAGAGGAGAAGUUUGGAAGCUUUUGCUACUACUUUUAGCUAACUACAGCCUGUUACCUCCAAACCAGAAAACGUUGUUUAACACUGUGAUUGGUCUUAUAACCCAUGGUUUGAAGCAGGCUUCUUCAGAAAUUGACCACAGUUGGUUUUGAACUUUGCUUUCUGGUUAGAAGGAAGCAACAAGCCAUAGCUAAGCAAAAUCUGAACUUUUCCAAACCAUACUGGCAAGAGUGCAGGAACCUUGAAAGGAAGAAAGACUUACAUAGCACUAAACUAUGGUAUAGUUUUUUGUCUAUCUUGGUGCUAACAGAGGUACUUUAAAUAUCUUAAGUUACUUGUACUGUAUGUGAGAAUCUAUACAACAUGAACCUUUUUGGAUGAAAUCCUUUCCACAAUUAUUUGGGAAUUAAAGGUAAAGAGCCCCCUGACCAUUGGGUCCAGUCGUGGCCGACUCUGGGGUUGCGGUGCUCAUCUUGCUUUAUUGGCCGAGGGAGCCGGUGUAUAGCUUCCUGGUCAUGUGGCCAGCAUGACUAAGCCGCUUCUGGCGAACCAGAGCAGCACACGGAAACGCCGUUUACCUUCCCACCGGAGCAGUACCUAUUUAUCUACUGGCACUUUGACAUGCUUUCAAACUGCUAGGUUGGCAGGAGCAGGGACCGAGCCACGGGAGCUCACCCCAUUGUGGGGAUUCAAACCGCCGACUUUCUGAGUGGCAAGCCCUAGGCUCUGUGGUUUAACCCACAGUGCCACCCGUGUAAUCCUAUUUGGGAAUUAGUCCUGUUGGAAAUAGGACUUUUUACAUGCAAAGGAUUGUACUGUUAAGCAGCCAUGUUAGCAAAUGGACAAUAAUGUUAAAAAUCUGCUGCUUUUAGAAUACACUGCAACAAUACUGUUAGGAAGACAGAUAUGAAAUAAUUGGCGCUAAUAUUGUAGCAAUAGUUUCAAAGGCUUUACUCGUGCACUAGAAUGGCAUUUAGAAGUGCUUAGAAGCAUGUGUCAGUGUUUACACACAAUGCGUAUAUUUUUGUGCUAGUUGGAAGCUAAGAAAUGUGUCUUGGGUAUCGUUCAUAUUGCAGGAGCAGUGGACUAUAUAUCUUAGGUGAGCAGGCUUUGUGAACAAGGCUGCUUUGUAUGCAGUCAGAAUUGUGCUUCUGUUCCCUCGAGGUACAGAAUUUUAAGAGGUAAUGCUGUUUUACAGUAAUUAGGGUAAUUCUACAUUCAGUAGUUAACUGAAAUGAGAACGGCUGUGCAAUAUGCUGGUGCUAGUUUUUCAGAAAAUUCAUUUUAUCAGUUGAGGGAGAUGGUUCCAUGUGUAUGUACACCUGGGGGAAAGCUUUUCAGCACUGGCUUCACAUUUCACCCCAUGUCUAGAUUCCUUAAACGUUCCUACUGGAAAUAAUGAGUGCAGAUAGCAGAACAAGCAGAAUGCCUUAGGGUUAUGGGCUGAUUCUCUUCCCCCCCCCCCCCCAUUAUCAUGCUAGUCUUGAAAGGGGAGACUUUACCUUUGGAAGCAUGUUGUAGAAUCUAGAACAGUUUGCACCUAUGUUUGAUGCAUCUCUCAGGAGGGCAUAGAGUUGGCAGUGUCCAGGACUAUUGUCAUAUUUGAGGUAGACCUCCUCAAGCAAGUUCUCCAGUGGCAAAGGGGUAAGCAGUGGCACUUCUCCAUCCUCUUGGUACACCUUCAGUCCAGCCUGACAACGAGAACUACUGUACAAGUCAUAAGAACAUAACCAAAGACCUGCUGGAUCAGAUGAAAUGAUAGCUACCCAGCAUCCUAUUUCCCACAAUGUCCAAACACAUGCCAGUGGGAAGCCCUCAAGGAGAAGGGCAAAUAGGGCUCUACCACUGUUACUCCCAGCAACCAAGCAUUCAAAAACUUGAUACCUCUGGUCCUGGAGGUCCAAAUAGCCAUCAACUGCAUCUUUGUUUCCUCAGGGUAUAUGUGGCCUUUGAGGCAGUUGCUGUCUUUUAAGAUGGAGAUGACUAACGUAGCCCUUCAGCGAAUAGCCAGGGAAGAUGGGAAUUAGUUCAACAUCAUCUGGAUGGGCGCAGGACGACCACCCUUGUUUUAAGAGUGGCAUAUGUUUCCCUCGUGGCUUUUGUUAUCACUGCAGCAUUGUUUCAACUAGGAUGGAGGUGGGGAACCUAAAGUUGUUGGACUCCCAACUCCCAUCAGCCCCAACCCAGUAUAUCAGUGGUCAGGAAUUAAGGGAGUUGGUUUCCAGCAACUAUCUAGAGGGCCAUGGGUCCCCCAUCCCUAAACUCGGAACAGAUAAGUAGGAGAAGUAGGUUAAAACUAAUUGAAACUGAUUUGAACUAAACAGUCCUUGGAAUGUGGAUUUCUUAUAUAGACAGUGUUAAAAUGAUGACCUUCAAUAUAUUUCAGCUUCUGAAAAUGUAGGGUGUAACCAGCUUCUUUUGAGAGAUGCAAUUUCUUGUAAAUUGUUAUAGCCUACUUCAAUUUUGCCUAUUGUGUCUUUUAUGACACAAGCUUUCAUUUGAAGCAAGAGACUUUCCUUCCUUGACAAAAAGCCCCUUCCCCCAAUUCUAUUUAAAAGUCAAAUUGGGCACAGUAACCUUUUUUUCCACCAGCCAGGACAGUCUAAUUUGAUUUAAAUUUUCCUGCUUCUUGAUGUAGAACAAUUUAUAACUACAGGAAUACACCUCAAACAAUCCUUUUUAUUGCUUACAAUAGUGUGCUUCUAUAAAGAGAAAAUGAUUUCCUCCUUUUAGUUCAUCUGAUUGGAUGAUAUUCUGCUAAGUCAUACUUCAUAACUUACAUCCAUAGAUUUCAUUGGCUCUACUGGAAUAGGAAUGAGUUGAAUAUCACCCAGAGUGAACAUGUCAAUUGCAUGCCAUGGUUUUGCUGCUCACCUAAGUCAUUAAUAUUCUGCUCACAUAUCUGUGCAGUACAGAACCCUUUGCUGUAAUUAAUUUUGAAGGUGCUAAUGCGAGGUUUUUAUUUUUUAAAAAAUCCUGAACCUUGUCAGUGUAGAAGCAGGAGAGUCCCUGAGUAUCAUAGGAGAAAAUGUCAGGUAUAAUUCUCUUUCCAGAUGGCACCCCUACAGGUGAGGCAGCAGCCUGUGAAAUUACAUUCUAAAUUAUACCAGAGAUGAGCACCACACAUAGAGCAAUGCAUUCAGAGAUUAGUAAUAAAUGACUUGAUUCAAUAUGAGGGAUAGUUUGUUAGUGAGAUGCAAGGAUGUGAUAUUUCAUAAGAAGUAAAACUUGCAGGACCAAAUGCCAGUGAGAGAACACAAUGUUUAUUGAAAACCAGCAUAGCAGUAGUUUGACUCACCUUUUCAUACAGCACAUGACAGCAUAAAAACAUUGUGUUGCAGCCAGUAGUGGUUUUAGGCUAGUGGGUAAAGAAGAUCAGUAGGUAUCUGAGAGGCCAAAAAUAUAUGUGGUGGGAGAGAUGGUGGUUCAUUACUCCUGCCAUAGAUUAUAACAAUAAAAGUCAGAAUCAAUUAAAAAAAAUCAAAACAAAUGAGCAACAAAAGAUCUCUCAAUGCAAUAGCCAGAAAACCUCAGUCAUUUAACCAAUUAAAGAUAAUUUGUGCUUGUGUGCAUUCUUGCUGGGUUGGAUAAAGUGAAGCACAUUUGGGCAAAAAUCCUAAUUUUGCAUAUAUGCUCACAUAGUAUGAACUGAUGGUGACUGACCAGGAAUGAGACCUUGGAAAUGUAGAGGAUAGCUUCAUGAAGAUGUAGAUCUGGAUCAUUAGGAAAUUCAAUCAUUAGGGAUUGAAAAUAAAAUAGCCAAGACCAAUGCCAUUACACAAACCUAUGGUGUAAAUAAGUUCUGAUCACCUCACAUGAAAAUCAUAGAAUAACAGAGUUGGCAGGGAUCCUGGGGGUCAUCUAGUCCAACUCCCUGCAAUGCUGGAAUCUCAACAUGCCGUCUCCCAUCCAGUAUAAUACCAUACCAACCCCUGCUUAGCUUUGCCAAUGUGCAAGCAGUUUUAUUGCUGCACUGAGUGAGUACUGUAGAGCUGAAAAGGGUUUAGAAAAGGGCAACCAAAAUGAUCAAGAAGAGGUUUGAAUAACUCCCCUACAAUAUUCGGUGCUCUUUCGUUUAAAAAAAAAUGUUUGGGGGGGAAUGCAGGAGACAUGAUCAGAGGGAAUGCAGGAGACAUGAUCAGAGGGACAUGAUCAGAGGGCAUAGAGAAAGUAGAUAGGGAUAACUUUUUCUUUCUCUCCCAUGAUCCUGGAACUCUGGGACAUUCAAUGAUGCUGAUUAUCUGAAUAUUCAGUGUAUAGUUAAACUAUGGAAUUUGCUUCCACGAGAGGCAGUGGUUGCCCAAUGGCUUUAAAAGAGGAUUAGACAAAUUCAUGCCUACUGAUUGCUGUGUUCUAUUUCCACUUUUAGAGCCGCUAUGCCUCUGAACGCUAGCUCAGUUGUCGGGAAUAACUCGUGGGAAGAGCACCGUUGCACACAGGUCCUGCUUGCAGGCUUCCCACAGGCGAUCUGGUUGGCCACUGUAAGAACAGAAUGCUGAACUAGAUGAGCCUUUGGUCUCAUCCAGCAGGGCUGUUCUUACACUAGCUGAGGGCUAGUGUUGGCUCCCUGCAGCAAGUAAUUCUUUCUGACAGCAUAAACGUUGUGCAUACUCACAGUCCUCUGACCUGCCACUUUUGGGGGAACAAGAGGGAACAUAUACUGAGCCUCUGUUCUGCAAAGGCAGGGAAUCUCUUCAGAGACCUACAAUUUUACUGCAAUUUGGAAUGUGGAUGGGGAAACCUACACUAAUGGCAAUAGUAGAGGGAAUUUAUUUCACAACACUGCGUAUUUCACAGCACUAACUGUUAAAGUGCUUGUGGAAGUAAUUGUUAAAUUACAGCAGGCAUCUGCAGUAGAGAACAGAAUAACUUUCAAAGGAUCCUCCAGUACUUGUGCUUUGAAAAACAAAUUUUAAACUGAAAAAUGUAUUCAAACAUGGAACUUGAUUAAAUUGAUAUGUAGCACUGUCUCCUUUUCAUUGUGGUGCUUUUUUCUCCCCUUCCUCUCGUUUUCCCAGGGUUAUUUCCUUCUCUUUGAGUCAAUGCUGGAUUCUGUCAUUUAUGCAAGGGACAAGUACCUGGCAAAAGGAGGCUCAGGUUAGUUUUAGAAUUCUAAUAAAUAAUCAAGCUCUGGGGAAACCUAAAAGAUUUAGAUUCUGCUAUGCAUGACUAAGAAAGUUCUUACCUGCGAUGAAAAAUGUUUCCAUUAGCGGAAGCUCCAAGGCAUUCAUUUCAUAGUAUGGGUAAUACAAAAGCAUUAAUGGGAUACUUGGGCCUUAAACGAAAUAGCGUUUUCAAGAGCACUUUGACUUCUUCAAGAUAUUGAAGUAUAAACCUUGAAAGUUUAUUUUUAGAAAUCAGUAAAUAGCACAGCAAUAAGGUAGUCAGAAACUGAGCAUUGAAAUAGCUGCAUUUAUCUAACUUAGCUGGGUAGCUAACUAAUCUGGCUAAUUUCUAAAGGUUCAUUAAUAUACUGGCUAUUCUGAACACUCCUCCCAUACAUUUGGGAGGAGGAGUUUGGCAGUGUUUGUUUCACUUUUACUAAAGCUUGGCUUGUGAUUGUCUGAAGCAGUAUACCUCUGAAUACCAGUUGUGGGUAGGGAGAGCUCUGAUGCACAAAGUGCUGGACUAGAAGAAACUUUGGCCUGAUCCAGCCUGGUUUUAUUUCAAAAACCAACUCUAGUAACUUCAAACCAUGGUUUAUGAAGCUGCCUUGUUAAAUUUGCCAGAGUUCAUUCUAAACUAGAAUCCCUGGUUCAAGCAUAACAGGUGAAACUAAACUCAUACAAAGCCUAGUCUUACGAACACAUGAGAGAGAGUGUCAGGAGUAUAAUGUAUGCAAUCUCUAUACUUAGUUUGUGCUCAUAGCAGCUCAUCCACAGGACACUAAACUGUGUUUUUAGAAUUGCAUGUAGAUGCAGCUACUGUAUGACUACAGAAGCCCACUUUGCCUUUGAAAGGAUGACACCAUUUACCAUGUUGACUAGUUGCCUGGGCUAAGAAAGAAUUAGAGGAGCACUAGGGAUCUCAUGCCUGGUAAUCUGCUUUGGUUAUCUUUUCCAUUCAUAAAACAGUCUUGUGUGCCUUAAAAGUGCCACAUAAUACUCUUGUUGCUCUUGCUGUGAGAGGCUAACACUGUGACCCCUCUGGAAGUUCACUUGUUUGACUAAAGACCCGAUUUUCUUUCUGUGGUAUAUUCAAGGAAGUGGGAACCAGAGAUGAUUGUAUGGUGUGGUGUUGCUGUUUUAUGUAUCUCUUUAAUUCUGAGUUUGUGUUUACCUUUUUAUGCCACCCUGGAAAUGGAAAGAUGAAUUAAUACAUACGUAUGCAGGGUUUUUGUUCUAAAUUGCACAUUGCUACAGAAUCACCUGCCGUAGUCAUAUAAUAAAUUUGAUAAAUUAUAAAAACCUAGGCAUGCCAUUCCGUAGCAAUAGUAAUCUAUGGGUGUUCUAAUAUAUUUCUUCCCUUCUAGUUUUUAGAGUCCCAUGCAUUCAUCACAUUUUAUUUUACACUAGUCUUUUUUUCAGUGCCUAAUAUGCAGGCUUUUAUGAAAUUGAAAUCUGAGUAUUUGUUCUUUUUUCCUGUACAAUUCUCCAGAACUCCGAAAAAUUGUUUGUUGGAAAACCAGUCUCUGUAGCAAUGAUAAAAAGCGAUAAACAUUGGCAGUGCUUGUUUCAUGCUGCAAAACCACUGGCUAGCUUUCUCUUCCUAGUUUAUCUAUAGAAACUGUUCUAAACAAGCUGAAAUUCUGACCUGUGAGUUUCUCCUUUGAAAUACAGUGGUACCUCGCAAGACGAAUGCCUCAUAAGACGGAAAACUCGCAAAACGAAAGGGUUUUUGGUUUUUUGAGUUGCUUCGCAAGACGAUUUUCCCUAUGGGCUUGCUUCGCAAGACGGAAACGUCUUGCAAGUUUGUUUCCUUUUCUUAAAACCGUUAAUACAGUUGCGACUUGACUUCGAGGAGCAACUCAUAGCACGCGGUGUGGUAGCCUUUUUGAGGUUUUUGAAGACUUUGGUGAUUUUUGAAGCUUUUCCAAAACUUUUCCGACACCGUGCUUCACAAGACGAAAAAAACCGCAAGACGAAAAAGCUCGCGGAACGAAUUAAUUUCGUCUUGCGAGGCACCACUGUGCCUACAUUCUCUACUGCUGUUUCAACUGUUUUUCUCCAUGACUAGGUCAAGGACUCAGGCAGAAUUUUAUGCCCUUUCAAGUUGGAGCAAACACCUGUUUGAGUUGUUUCUUGGUGGGAAAUUGGUUUCGUAUUAGAGACCUGAUAAGCACUUGGAUAUAGUUUGGCCCAAACCAAAACCCGCUUCAUAUGUAUUUUCAUUCCUUCUUCCUGCUUACCGAGUUAGAUUGUGGAACAUCUAAUUCUGACUUUCUGCAAUAGGAAUUGUUGAGUCAUCUGUGCUCACUGAUCCACCUACUAGCAAUGUGCACAGCUGGAUGGCUUAAUUAAAAAUGGUGCUUAGCCAGGGGAAAUAUUUUCAAGGCAGACUGCAGCAUUUAAAGAAUCCUGGGAAUUCGGAACUUUGCCCAUCUUGUAGUAUUAUAAAGCUGCCAAAUACUGCUGCUUCAUGUUUUAUAUUUGGCAUGUCUGUGUCCAAAAUAAUAAGAGAGUUGCUCUUUUACUCUACUGUCAAACCAUGGGAAAUAUUAGUGGGGAAAGCACUGUGUCUGUAACUAAGCGCAGAGGGGAAAUAGUAAUUUGAGUUGCUUGAGAGAAACACGGAUGGUACAACAGGUUGAGGUUCAAUAAAAUUGAAUUAUUUUCUACAGCCUGCUUGCUUUUCCUCUUGGGUGAAUAUAUAGUUUGAAUAUAUAGUUUUGCAGAACCUGAAGAAAACAAUCCUUACUCGAGUUGCAAAUGGUACAGCUGUGCAUUUUUAAGUUUUUCCACCUCCAGUUCUUAGCGCUAAGCACUAAGCCAGUGCAGCCAGGAAAUUAACAUAUUGUCUAAGACAGGAUUAGGCAACUGGCAGCUUAAGAAGCAAAUCUGGCAUUUUGUAGUGGUGGUGUCAUUUCACAGCCCCAAUGGGCUGUUCCUGUUUGUCUGUCAGUGGAGCUGUAGGAGGAGGAGGUGGUAGACAUCAAGUUGCGUUCACAGAGGACUUAGAUUGAGUGUGUGCUGCUGUUCUAUGUGUCCUCUCUGUUCUUCUACUUUUCAAGCAGGCAAGUGAUGAGUAUAGCUUUAGGGAGGGGAAUAUUGCUGGGCCAGCUUAAUGAAGGUUAUCUCUGUCCGCUUCUUCGUAGUUAGCUGCCAAUGCAGUGUAGAAUGAUGUAAAUUGGUUUGUAAAAACUAUGUUCCCUCUUCUAGUGAGCUGAAAAACUGUUGGUUUUUCUGUUCAGUAGAAAUCUAAGAAUAGUGGAAUGGAUGAGAAUUCACUACCAUGGAUUCACUUGACACAGGAGCUGUCUCUUUUGAGUAUAGUCUGGCUAUUACUGAUUGUCUGGCAGGGUAUUUGUGAGCUGUUAUUGAUAUAGGUUAAUUAGAAAUGAUAUUGCCAAUGUCUCAGUAUUUGAUGCAACAAAUUUUAUGACUGCAUUUUUGGAUUAUACAAAUGCCUGUGAUGCAUAGUGUGAUAUGAGUCAACAGAAUUUCUAUACAGGGAAUUAAUAGAUUUAAUAGAAUUUGUUAGAGAUGUCAAAAAACAGGAAAGAAGGCCUGUUGGUUUAUAGUAAAGCAGGACUUCCAAGAAAUCCAUUAUCCUAAGUUACUAAGAAAGCAGUUGACUGGUUUUAGGAAGUCACUUGAGUUGAAGUAGUUUCCUGUAGCGAAGAGGGAAAUGGUAUCUUUGGGAAAGGAUAAGUAAAUACACUAUGGAUUGAUAAUGUAAUAGAUGCAUAAUAUCCCAGUACUUUUGAACCAGUGGCUUUGAAUACUAACGUUGACAUAAAAAAAUUCAAAUGACAUUCGGGUGUGGCUAGAAAACAGUUAUUCGCUGCCAGACCUUCAAUUUUAUUAUGAGGCGGCUUGUUUGUGUUGGCUAAGGGAAUGGAUUGUAUUAAAAAAUGCUCACAUUUUAGAUUUGGGAGACCAUAUUAAAUUCAGCUGGCAUGCAUGUCUUUGGUAUGGGAAAGCUAAAAUCUACAAGAGUUACAUGAACCAUAUUAUUAGGAGGAAUUUGUACAGAGUACGAGAAAUACAAAAACCUGUUGGAAGGAAAAAAACUGGUUAUUGCCAACUGAAGCAAUUACAAUAAAGAGCAUCAACAUGGAUAUACAGUAGCCAUUCUAUAGAUACUUGCUAGAUUUCACAGGGAAUGAACCCAGAUUGAAACAUAUGGAAGAACUAAGGAGCCAUGUUACUGAUUGGUUACAGUAUUAUUAACUUUAUAUGUUUAAAUUAAAUAAGAAAAAAAAAUUUUUAGACCAAAGUUCACAAUUUGAAAGAGUUAUUGCAGAAUAAGGAAAAACUAUUGUCUAAAAUGUACACACUUUUAUUGGAAUGGGAAACAAAAGAUGAGCUAGUUAAAGCCUCAAUGACCCACUGGGCAAUUGAUAUAGGGUAUGAUAUAGAACUAAACCUCUGGGAGAAUCUUUGCAAGAAAGACUUGAAAUUCAUAGCAUGCUAUAUGUUGAAAGAGAACUACAAGAAAAGGAUUCAUAGAUGGUAUCCAACCACAAGUAGACUAGCUGAUAUGUAUAAAUUAGAAUCGGAUUUGUGUUGGAAAUGUAAAGAAAUAGAAGGAACUUUUUUUCAUGUGUAGUGGGCAUGCAAAAUAAUUAAAGAAUAUUGGGGAAUGAUAUAUAAUGAGAUGGGGGGAAAUGUUUAGAACAAGGUUCCCCCCAAAACCAGAGGCAUUCUUGUUAGGAAUGGUGCAGACAGAGGUGCCCAGGUCUCAGAAAAACUUAGUUAUGUAUGCAACAAUGGCGGCUCAGAUCUUGUUAGCCCAAAAAUGGAUGGUGAGGGAGGUUCCUAGUAAGGAAGAUUGGCAACUUAAGAUGUUAGAAUAGGCAGAGUUAUCAAGUCUAACAAGUGAAAUAAGAGAGCAAGAAGAACAGAUAUUUAAAGAGGAGUGGAAUUUUUUGCUGAGCAUGUAGAAAAUACGUACACAGUUGUAAACGUUCACAGUAUUACAGUAAAUUCAACAGUAUAAUAUAUUGCAGUGGGAUAUAAGAUUGGAGAACUUAAUAAGAUGGAUAUACAAUAUAUGCAGGAACAGUGGGUAAAUUAAAAGAACCUUGGAAGGGGAGGGAGGGAAGUCAUUGAAUGUAUGGUUAUAAUGAAAGAUGUUCAUUUUGAAAUACAUAAUCUGAAAAUGUAAUAAAAAAUUGUUUAGAAAGAAAAUAGUUCUUCACUUUGGGGACAGAAAAGAUUGAUGAGUGAAAAUAGAUGUUAAGCGCUUAAUAUUUAUACUCCUUUCUCACUCCCAAUACAAUACAUUAGCCUGAUAGUCCAGUUCAUUUAGCAGUAUUUUAAACAGGGCUCUUACACCUUCAGGCACUUGUAUCUGAUGCUCUAAUGCCAACUAGUUUAGAAGGUUAAUGGAGGCUUUAUAGAUGGUUUCAUUUGUUCCUCUAUAAAUCAGCCAGCAGGUGGGGUUGAAACAGCAGAACGUCCACAGUAGAUGCAAUUUACUUUUGCAUCAUGUGUAGCAACAGACCGAUAAUUCUGUCAGACACCAUUGAGAUAAAAAUAUGCUACAUUAAUUUUAGGAUGGAACUUUUUCAAGAGUUAGUCUAGAGGUCCAGUAACCUCCUUGCCUGACGGAAGGAAAGAUGGAGAUUUGUAAUGAAUAUGCUUUGAUAUAGUCUAGUGCAGGUUAUUAUAAUCCAUGGGAUUUGACACGACAACAGUGUAUGUGUGUGUGUAACCUGAUUAAUGGGAGUGGUCCUGGCAUAGCUUCUUUUUAUUUUUGUUAUUGUUAGUUAUUAAUGGCCUUCCAUAUAUCUAGGGCAUGUACAAAAUAUAAUAAAAACUAAAAGCAAGUAAAACACAAAAAGGUGUAUCACUUUAAAAAAAAUAAAAAUAAAAAGCUUUUCUUCAUUGCCCUUUAAUUUCUGUAUCUCAUUUCUGUUCUCCAAGACAUAAGCAUAGGCUGCCUUCAAACUGAAAUGAAAGGAAGAAAUGCCUAGAAACUUCUCAAAUGGUAAAUGUGGCCAAAAUGGUGAAAGUUCUGCCAAAACAGAAUAUGUUGGGGCUGAGGAACAUGAUACUCAAAAUUAACUAGCUGUCAGAUAUACAUGCAUUUAUCAACUUUCCUUGUUCAAUACAAUGCCACUAGCUUAACUGUACAGCUCAUUUAGCAGAAUUUUAAAUAGGACACUUCCUCCUUUGGGCAGUUGUAGCUCGUGAGCUAUUUUGCCUACUAGUUUAAAACAGUUGUUCACAGUACCUUUCAUCAUAGUGUUUCAUAUAUUCCAGAGAAGUUAAAAGUUUACAUUGCACCUUUGAGGUAAAAUAGAUACUGCAACCUUAGUGUACAAGCUGUGCUGGCUGAGGAAUAUUUAGGUUUCAUUUAUGCUUGGAAGGUACAGCAGGUGUGUGCAACUUUAUUAAGGCCCCAGAACAAAGAAAGAAAAGUAUCAAUACUUCCCACCUGUGUUUCUAUGAUCAUCUUUUUGUUAUCGCUUUAACUUAGCCAAGUGCUAAUCAUUUAUUCCAGCCAUAGUUUUAUGUGACUUAACUUGUUGUCACAGUGUGGGCUAAUGGUUGGUUGCUGUGUCAUCUUCUACCUCAAGCUUUCCAAAAGCCUAAUCCCUAAAAUAGGGGGCUUUCAGGCUGGAGCUAGAAGUAUUAUAUGAGAAAGGUGAUUGGUUAUAUUUGCUUUUCCACCUUCAAAUGAUAAUCAUUUACAGCUAUGCCUCUAGCCCUGCAGUUACUAUGAUCUUACCCUUUUAAUGUCCUUACAUUUGUGAGGCAUUGCUGAGGGAUAAAAGAUUUCCCAUCUUGCUUUGCUCCCCGUGUGAGCUGUUACUAAUGACAAAUGAUUUGGGGGCAGUGAGUCGAGAAGGACACAGAUGACAAACCUAUGAAUUUCUAAAGUGCGCUUCUCUAAGAGAUGUCUGAUCAGCAGUUUAAUAUUACGUGUGGUGAGAAAUACUUCAAUCAGAUUAAAAACUAGGUAAUGGAAUAUGUAUGAAAUAAAAGGUUCUUGCAUGGGAGUGGUUUUACUUUCCUAAGUAGCAUGGGGUUUAAAGAAAUCAAAAUGACCCAUCACGGAAGUGGAUUAUUCAAAAUAUGUUGGCUCCUUUUCCUAUUGUGUUUUUAGAUGGGUAAGAUAAAUAAUAAUUUUAAUACUUCUUGGGCUGGAACUUUUCUGCUAAAGACAAUUUUUUAAAAAGCAAGCUUUUCAUGGAAGCACUGUAAAACCAUAAUGAACAUCUAAAUAAUGGCCUGAAUGCCCCAAGCCACAAGCAGAGAAAGCUCCAUGCCUACUGCUGAACUGAAUUCUGAAAGUUGGCUGUCAAGCAAGACGUGAGUUGAUGAAUGGGUGGACCUAGUGGUAGUGUUAAAGCAGGAUCACCAACCUCUUAUGAAAUGGGGCAUACUGGGCUGCACUUAAAUUGGUCGGAAUUGGGAAAAGGUGAGAUAACUCCUAUGUUGUGCUAAUAGAACUGCCUCAGCUCACAUAAAUAAAUGGAAAAAUCUACAGUUUCUAUUGGAUGUUAAUUUCAUAGUGUUAUGUUUUUCUUCACUUUAUGCUUGCAAAGUACUUACUUUAAAAGAGUGCUUCUUGGAUUUAAUUUAAUAAGCUGCACAAUUCUAAACAAGAAGUGCUGAUGUAAGUUUUCUGUGGCUAAUGUGUUUCUUGGUCAGGAGCAUUAAGAGCACAGGCCAGAUCACAGCUUCUGAGCAUGCUUAUUGUGGUCUGAUUUGUACCCUUAACGCUCUGUUUGAUUUUGUGACCCAGGGACGCGUUGGCCACAGUGGGCAUGCAUUGGAGCAGAGUUUGGUUGCUUUCCUUUUCAACAACUGCUAUUUGAGUAGCCUUCUAUCUGAAUAAAAUUGUUUAGUGUAGCUGCUGAACAAGAAACACAAAGAAAUUCUCGUGCAUAUGUUUAAUUGGUGCUUGCAAUUUGCCUGUUGCAUUUUUAUUUUUGUAACUAGCCUUCAGUUUCAUGUCUCUCUUAAAAGCUGGAUAUACAAAGAACAACAGAAUUAAACUCAUCCUAGUUCGGGUUUUCACACAAACAAAGCAGCACAUCAUCUGAUAGGCCUCAUUUGUUUGAUCAUUAUGUUAUCUAAAAUAUGAAUGUUAUAAAAGAGUGGUAUAUUUGUUAGACAUCACCCUGCUUUUUGGAUGAUAUAGGUAUUUUUCAUUGCUAGGAAGCUUACAAUAUAAAUCAGAUAAAAUGCAUCACUUCAUUGCCUUCCUCUGCUAAUGUGGUAGCACAUUUCUGGUGCUACUUAGCGAGUUUUCCUGUGUUCCCCUGCUUACCAAAUACAGCACUGUCAUUUUGGAAAGAGAUUCUUGACUUAACAGUGCUUUGUCUACUGUAGCACAGAGCUACUGCUGAUAGUCCAGGAACAAGCCUAAUAUAUAGCAAGGAAAGAUUUAAAAAAAAAAUCAAAUCAGCAAUAUUGACUGAAACAGCCGUCACUGUAUACUCCAUGUGCCCAUUUGUGUGACAGCUGUCAUGUAUGCAGAGCCAUUGAUCUGUCUCAGGUUCUGCUUAUCACCACUUCCCCCAGUUGUUGCCAUGCCUUUGUUUCAACCAAGACAACAACAAUGAAUCCCAUGAAAUGGAUUUUUAAAAAAUAGGUUUUUCCUCAAAACAGUAGAUUUGUCUGUUUUUGCUUGUGGUAAAUUUCCUCGUAUAUUUCAAAUUAAAGUCAAUUCUAAGACAAAAGGGAACUUGUACCAUUGUUUGUUGUCAAUAAAUUAUUUGCAAUGUCUCUUUGCAGUGUAUCCUGACAUCUGCAGCAUCAGCCUGGUGGCUGUCAGUGACCUCAAGAAGCAUGCAGACAGGUUAGCUUUCUGGGAUGAUGUGUAUGGCUUCAACAUGUCCUGCAUGAAGAAGGCUGUCAUUCCAGAAGCUGUUGUGGAAGUGUUAGACCCAGGCACGCUUAUAUCUGAAGCUUGUGUCAUCAAGGUACUGUACCAAAUAAUGUAAAUUUCUAGAAAAGAAUGUAUAAUUGUUAACACAGUGCAAGCUGUUCUUACAUAUAAUAUGUUUUGUUUCCCCCUAGCCAUUCAGUGUUAAUAAAUUAUGGAGUCCGUGAUACUAAUAUUUUGGAAUUUGCGCACAUCUUUAGGGAUUUUGCAGCCUUCUCGUAGUAGUUUUUCUCUCUUCUUUCCCACCACAAAACUAAUAAAGACAGAAAUAAAAUAAGGAGGUGUAAUGGCUACCUGCCCAUUGUUCAUUUAACAUCUAUAUGUCAAAAGUGAUGUGCAGUUCUCUGUUGGUUCCAUCUGGAACCUGUUAAAUGUCUCAAGAGGCUGUCUUUAAAACUUAACUCCAAUUUCUGCUUGUCUCCCCAUCUUUUAUUUUCUCCACCUGGUCAUGCUCUGUCUCUGGUAUGCUUAAUUAUAGGCUUUGGAGCUGCAUUAAUUAUAUUGUAAUUAAUUAUGCUAUAAUUAUUAGUUAUAUUGUUUGCUAAAAUCCUUGAAUAUUUGCAUAUUCAGUGUUAUGAAGGAAGCCUGAGUGCUAAAGAGUAUUUUCAUUUCAUUUAUUACACCUUUCCUCAAAGGACUUCAGAGUGACAUACGGUACAUAAUUUUUCCUCAUAAUACCCUGAGAGUUGGACUGGGCUGAGAGACAAUGACUGACUGAUCUGAACCCUGGUCUUCAGGUCCUAGUGCAACACUAACAAGUACACUACACCAUUAAUGGUAGAAGAAACGAGAUGAUUGGUUAAGAAGUAUAUAGCUUUCCAUGUAAACAUAUAUUGUAGUACCUCUGUAGAUAAACAUUAGAGAAAAUCACACAAACAUUGCUGCAUGUACCACUUAGGUGUACUUAACUGAAGCAAUUGGGGGAAAGUUCCUUUCUAAUCCCCUCCCCUUUUUAACUAUUAUCUGAAAAGGCAAUCUUAUAUUUUCAUAAGAACAGCAUUGUUGCUGUGUGAAAUUGAAUGCAUUCAAUGCUCUGAUAAUGUACAACCCUAGACCAACGGCAUCGUUUCCCCCUCCCAUCUAGAGCACAAUAGGCUACAUUCCUCUUUAAAAGAGAGAAUAUUUAUUACACAAAAUUAUUCAACCACAAUUUUAAUUUGUAACACCUCCCUCUAAAUGUUGUGCAGUGGUAUCUUGGUUCUCAAACUUAAUCCAUUCCAGAAGUCCAUUCCAAAACCAAGGCGCACUUUCCCACAGAAAGUAAUGCAAAAUGGAUUAAUCCGUUCCAGACUUUUAAAAACAACCAAUAAAACAGCAAUUUAACAUGAAUUUUGCUAUCUAACGACACAAUUGAUCCAUAAAAUGAAAGCAGUAAACAAUGUACUGCAGUCACAUAGCCAAUCAAUCAGUAGGUGAACUGGGUUCCACACAGUCACAAAAACAAAACAAAAAAGCUGCAAAAAACAAAAACGCAAAAUAAAUAGCAAAAACAGACAGACCUCAGCGUAAUACUCAAAACAGAAGUGUGGCACUCAAAACAGAGCACAUUCGGUUUCCGAAAAAGGUUUGCAAACCGGAACACUUCCAGGUUUGCAGUGUUUGGGUUCCAAGUCGUUUAAGUACCAAGGUGUUUGAGAACCAAGGUACCACUGUAUAGUAGCCCUCAUUGCCUUAGAUUUGUUCCUGGAGAAAAAUAGGGAUCCUGUAAUUCAGGCUCCCUGUGCAUCUCUAACAGAUUUAAAAGAGUGACAAGCCUGUUUUGGUUAUGACUACUUUGAGAUGCUGUUGUUGCUUAACAACCUACUUUUACAUUGCAGGCUGGAAAAUAAUUGCUUGAGUGGAAUCGAUAGAUAAAACUUCCAAAUAAGUCUUUAAAUGUUGACUAUCCAUUUUUCUGUAUAACAUGUAGUAAAAUUAAUGAAUUCAGUAAGAAUGUCAUCCUGAGUAAACAACCAAAAUCAAUAAUUGUUCCAUAAAGCUGAUGAUUUUCAAAUAUUGAGGAAAUUAUAAAAAUGUACCUAGUUAAUCAUAUGAUGACUAAGAAUGUAUAUGUUUCACCUCUGAAUCUGGCAUUUAUUACCCUGAGUAAUGGUUUUGUCAUACUCCACUCAGCCUCGUGAAAAUCUGACAGCUUCUGUGUCAAAUUUUGACUUUUAAAGGGAUUUCUUUUCUGUAAGAUGAGCAGUUACUAAUAGUCCUAUUCAGUAACCUCUUUGUUUAGAAAAGUCACAUCCCAGUUUCAAGAAUUUUUCAUAAGGCAUCAGUUGUGCAAACAUAUAGCAGUAAUGUAUUAAAUGUUCCAGAGUAACACAGAAAAUCAUACAAAAUAGUCAUAGAUGUAAUAGUGUGACCCAGCAACUGAUAAAACAUACAGCUAGCCCAAAAUUACAAAGGUAGUCAACAGUAGGAAACAAGCCGAUAUAUUAGCCUUUUUAAAAAAAAUAUAUGCAAGCCUUCAGACAUUUCCAAGAACUCUGUAGUGUUGUGACCUGACAGUCCAGUUGGCAAUGAAUUCCACAGCCGUGGGGCUGCCACAGAGAAUGCUCUCAGCUUUGUAGACACUGGAUUUCUCCACUCCUGAUGGUGGACAAACAAGAAUGGCUGAGCAACAGAAGGUGUUUAAAUGUCCCUCAUUGGCUGACAUGAUUAUGACACCAUAGCUCUGCAGUAUUCCUUUGUUUGCCAUUUCCAAGGUUAGUAAAAUGAUGGAGUUGCCUUUCAUAUCCCUACCAUUAUCCAGGAUAUGGAACAUACAUUAUAUUUGCAUAUUAUUCAAUUGGCCAAGAAGGGUUAAAGAAAUUACAGACAAAUGUACCAAUUUUGAUUUUUAACAAAAGAAGGUGUGGUGUGUGUGUGUGUGAGAGAGAGAGACAGAGAGAGAGAGAUGUCCAGUCAUAAAUGGACUUGCGAGUCCUGCUGGGAGCCCAGUUGCUGUUCAGGAGUCUUUUUCAAAUAAAUAAGUAUCCAAAUAAAAGGAUGGGUGAACAAAUAUGUGUGAAAACACUAUGUGGGAAUAUGUAGGGAUUAAAGCUAGACUGCUGCUGUAAAUCUGAGGAUUGUGCCUCACCUUGAUUUGAUUUUCAUGUGCCCUAUUAUUAGGACUCUGAUGAUGCCAUAUAUAAGACUCAUCAAGCCAUGAAAUAUGCUAAUCCACCUUCAGCUUAGAAUUGCUUUACAUAUGAUAUAUCUUCAAUAAAUAUCAGUUUUAUAUAGGAACUUGUAUGUACUUGACAUAAAGAGCUCAUUUUCUUGCCGCUUAGGAUUUCACAUAUAAGCCCAUUUUUUUCUAAAUGGAAGCAUUAUCCCUAUGAGAAACAUAUCUCUAUAAAAAAAAGCAUCCCGACAAUUUUAACUUUCUGGUUGUAGGCUGAAGAACAUAGAGUCUAACUGCAUCCAAGUGAGACUUCAGAGUCCUACCCCCAGUUCAUCUUCUGCAAACAGCAUUGCAAGCAACUUUUGAACCUUAAGAGUUUCAUUUAUCAUGUGCUUUUAGAAGACUGCAGUUAUAAAGCCAUUGGGAGUCCUGAGCUUGCACUUAGAGGCUAAACUUUCCAGUUUUUUGCCAUAUACACCUGGUAGGCAACUAGUUUCCAUGUAGGUUGCUUUUGAGAAUAAGCUUUAUUUCAGGUCUAUUAUACAGAGAUGAUUAAAACAGUCUCCAUAGAUUCCACGCAGAUACUAGGCUUCUGCUUUGUUCUCACACAAGACUCUGCACUUUCUUGCAGCGGAUCGAUUGCCAUGUUGUAUCGGUUUCAGAACUGAAUUUUUCAUCAGACUUCACUCUGAGAGUAACAAAGACUUCCGUGUGUACGGUAAAUAUUUUAUUUCAGCAUUUCUGGGGGUUUGAUUGCCGCGCUUUUGAAACCUUUGGUCAAAGCCUUCAUUUGCGAACUAACUAGCUAUGGACCAUGGCUACGGGAUUAAAUGUUGCCAUUACCUGAUAGCCAUUGGUGUAUUGCAAUCUUGUCAAGCAGUGUCUCCCAUCUUGUAUAAUGUGUUCCUUACACCAGCAGUUAUGCCAUUCCUCUUAAGUCCUCUCUCUUUGGGGCCAGCCAUGUACAACGUUAUUCCCCCUUUAUUCCUGAUGUAGAUCUUCACUCAACCGUUCUGCGCUGGCGGAAGAGGGGCACCAAUUUGUGGUCGCCUCGGGUACCAAAGUGUCUUGGGUUGUCCCUGUUUCUCUUUCAUCUCCCUUAUUUUUUUUACAUUCUAAUACUUUUUUACUCUUUUUCCUGUGUAAGCUUGUUUCACAAUUCCUUCCUUUCCACUUGUCACAAGCUUAUCUGAUAUCUCCUUUUAACAAUUUAUCCUCCACUCACCUUCUGAACUCUUUGUGACCCCUUUCAUAUGGAGUUUCUCCCUUUCUCACUAUGAAUUGUAAUUUUUACGCCCACUUUUCCAGUAAAGCGGUUUCUGCAUAUUGCCUUCACAUAUAUCAUUGCUUGUAUCUUCCUGUUUAUUUGUGUGGGUUUGGGGUAUGGGUUGUAACUUCAUUUUCGAACCAAAGCUUGUAUUUGUUGCUUUUUAUAUACACUUGUGUUCGCCAGCCUUAAAAAUAUAGUGAUACAGGUGAAAUGUUUGGCUUGGAAGUUUCUAGUUUUGGAUCAGAGAUUUGUGGUGUUGCGCAAAAAAACAAAACACUUUGUCAAGUAUUGCGUACUUCAUCAUGUAAGAUUAUUGACAUCUUAUGACCAGAAUUUCCACUCCUUUUGUGAUGGAGUAUAGCAGUUUAGUUAGAGGCUGACAGUCCAUCCAUCACAUCAGGCUGCCUAACCUUGCAGUAAAUGAACAAUAAAUCCAUUAUAUGUAUUGGAGAUUUUGAAGAUGGUUUAAAAGUGUAUUUCUUCAGCUGGACAAAUAUUCACCCUUGAUUUUCUGUAUGUAGAAUUUUAGUUUGGCUUAAGAUACAAGAAUAAAGGUUUAAUGUCAUAACAUUUUUGGUCUUAAAACUAAUGUGGCUGUUUUUCCCCUUUGAGGAAAGAUGGGUUAGAGUCUCAGUUCAGAGUCAAACUACAUCAACAGAAGUGUAGUGUCCAGAUCAAGCAAAGCAAUAGUUCCACUCUAUUAUGCCUUGCUCAGGCCACACUUGGAAUACUGUGUCCAGUUAUUGACACCACAAUGUGUGUUUUCUAUUUGAUUUAGUCCAGAAACUUAAGGGAAGAGGAAGUUGAACGUUGUUCUUCAAGGCAAUAUUUCUAUUUUUAGAACCAUUUGGGGAGAGUUCCAAUCAAGCCACGUUGCUACUAUAAAUUCCUUAGCUUUACAUCGGGAUAUUUACGGGUCAGGCACAGUCUACAACACUGGAAAGUAGACUUUGGCAUAUAUCUAGAGAUUCAUGCUCAGCCACUCUUAGAACUUUAAUAUACAGUCACUGACCCAGGUUUGCAGGUCACUGUGAAAUUCCUAGUCAUCUUGAAACAGGCAACUAUUAACAUUUUAACACUCCCUCCCUCUUCAUAAAUCUGCCUGUUCUCCUCUACCCCUGCUUUCUCAUGACCCAAACACCUGCCAUUUUCAAUGGAGCUCUAGGCCGCCAUUAUUGUGGGCCUGAUCCUCUGUGCCAUUCCCCAAUCCUUAUAUGUCAACUUCCCAUCUCUAUCAUAGAUACAAGCAAAGUGUAAGGUGUGUGUUUAGGCAAAGUGGGUUGUGAAGCCUGUAAACAAUUUUACUCAAAAUAACCAUUUCAGAUUUCUGUAAAUUAUUGUAUUUUGGCUGUUCGAGCCAUACAACCAUUUUAUUCUUCAGUGUCUUUUUGGCAAUUCAUUUCAGACCAAGCUGACCAUGUGUAUGCAUGUUCUCACCAUAGGCCAACUUGAAAUUUCACAUAUAUAAGGAAACGGGUGGCCCGUUCCAUUUCACCACCUGAGGUGAAACGGGAAUGUGCCUCUCCCUGCCCCCCUGCCACACCACGCCUCACAUGAGAGGGGGAGCAUUCAAUGUUUUAAUACUCAUCUUCUCUGCCCCGGGGCACUGUCAUGCGCUGGAAUGCUCCCGGCAAGAGGGAGCAUUCUGCAAGCGGUUGAACAGGCAUGGUACCGCCUCUUCUGCUUCCACUACUUUACCCAACCUCAUGGGCUCUGUAAGCAAAGAGCAGAAAUACAAGCACACCAUGUGCAUGGAUAUCUGGUCCCCCCCCAUAGGUACUCUUAAAAUGUCUGAUAAUCAGCUUUAAUAUAUUGCUACAUUCACAGAGCUUUUGGGAUUAAGCAGGCUAAAAAACUAAAUUCAAUUGCCCAAGUUUACUUGAUUGAAAUCACAGUAUACAUACUAAAAUUAAUGAGCUUAAUAGAUGGUUUCCUCUCUAGCACAAAACAGGUAUUGUGAGAAGCUUUUAGUUAAUAUCAGUUAAUAAGUUCAGUAUCAAUUGCUGUUGAUAGGUUCUUGGUGGUGUUAGCGGUGAUCUAAAAUGUUACUUAUUAAGUUUUGCUAUAUGGCUAAGGCUUCAGUCCUCCACCCACUUACCUGGCAGUAAGCCCUGUUGAAUAUGAUGAAACUUACUUCUGAGUGGACAUGUAGGGUUCACCCUAAAAGCAUGGAAUCUGCCUUUGAGGGCCCUUUAAAGACUGCUGAGAGUUCUGCCACAUGAUUGGCUGGUUUCGGGGUUGGGUGCAGUAAGGAUAGGCAAUGCAAAUUUUAACCCUGCUUUCUCUUCUGAUUCAAACUUGGGUGGUUCCACACAUAACUUCUGGCUCAUCCACAGAGGAGGUGGUAGAUUGGAUAACUCCCCAGAUAUGCAGGAACUUAUUUGCUUAUAAUUUUAAAAGCUAAGGACUGCCAUGCUCAUUGCUGUCUUGGAUGCAUUAAAUGUUGUUGUGUUAUCUAGAGGGAAAUGGUGGUGUGAAGAAAACAGGAUUAAGCAUAUAUUGAUCUCGUUCACCCCCUAACAACUUAACGUUAUCCUGGGGGUGGAGUGUUGACGUCAGGGGAUGCACGGCACAUACUUAUGCUGACCCAGUUUUGCACCGAAACUAUCAUAUACUCUCCAGUGGGAGGAAAAAUACCCUCCUACCUCAAUCUGUAUUGUUGAAAUUGUGCGAGCCAGGCAGCUACUAAUAGACCGAAAUCUCAGGUAUCACCACUAUAGGUCAAUUAGGUUAUAGCAAUAGACUGCUGAGAUUUAGAGCUAGGUGAGCAGGAAUCCAGUUAUCUGGCUGCAAAGUUCAGCAAUUCACUACUAUACCAGGGUGGAGAGAAUUUAUUUCCCCUCCAUGAUCUUUGCAGACCCCAACUUGGAAGUGAUGAAUGAAAGAGGAACUGCUUUCAUCAAGGAAUAAAAAUCUAAUGCUUUGCCAUAUGAGAAGCAGUUGUACAAGGCUGAAGAUGAUUUAAUUUUCAGACAGUAUCAAACUUUGAAUAGUAUGGUACAAAGACUACUUGAAUAAUACCUAAUGUCCUCGGUUAUUCUACUUUUGAGAUGGAAUGAGACUUUGUACAGGGUACAAUAAACAAAGUAAAUUUUCUUCAGUACCCCCCCUCCCCCUUUGAAGAGUAAGAAUCAUUCAGUAAUCUUGAGGUACUGAGUUGUUUUCAUUUAAGAAAUAAUCAUUUUAAAAACAAAAGUGAUAUUUCUGCACCAAGAACAUAGUGAUUGUCUGUCUCCCUCUCCCUCUCUGCUGCAUGGCUUACAAGCAUUUCAUCUCCAUGCUUGGAUAAACUCCAUCAAAAGCACAUUAUCCUCCUACUUCUGUGGCCAGCUGCCUAAUUGUAUCUGCUCUAGCUGCAUGCUGUUGGAACACGAUACUGACGAGGAACAAAAAUGAUAAAUUACUCCCUGCAGCUGAUAGCGAUGAUGGUAACUUUUAAUUUCCUCUCUCCUAAGUGAAUUGGUCAAAUUGCUUUUAACUGGUUUCACAGGGGUUUGUAUAAAUCAGACAGGGAUUUACAAUUGGGAACAGAAGUGUUUUCCCAAAGAAGCGGCGCAGGUAAAUGAAGAAGCAGAUUUGAGAUUUGCUCAAAUCUGCGCUUUGCUCUGUUCUUAAUAAAAAUGAGCCUGAAAUACAGGAUAACAAAUGAGUAAACUGGGUGUUCGGCCAUCUUCAACAGACACUGAUUUUUUUUUUAGAGAGAGAGACUGCUUAUUUUGUGGUUUCUGUGAAUAAAAUUGUGCCCCGCUGUGGCAACAGAACAAACAAUUAAGGCACAGAGCUGCAAUAUAUUUGAUUUGUGUGAGAAAUCAUGCACACACGGAGAGAGACACACCUUGUACUUGCAGUUCCCAGAUUGGUUACAUUAUGGCUACUGAUGUCUGAUUAUUUACAUGUUCCCAGUAAUAUAUUUGGGAGAAUUUCUACAUUAAGGCAAACUAGCCUGGCUUAUAUUUCAAUGUCAGCUUGGUCUGUGAAUUGAUUUCACAGGUCUGCAUACAGGCUUAAUGAUCACAUUUGCAGCUCUGGUGCUCCUCCUUUUCCCCUCUGCAUAGCUGACUUGGUUUAUGAGCAGGAGAAAUUUGGUGUGAGGUGGGGGUUUUUUUUGGUGAAUUUCUACAUCUCAUUAACCUCCUUGCUCUUUUUUUGCUUGCCUACUUUUCAAAACAACCGCCUUCCCUUCAACAUGCAGAGCAGUUCUGUCUGUUGAUGGGAUGUUGAGAACAGAAGGCAGAAUAAUUACUCUACUGCGGUGUAUCUUUAACAAAAAGCAUCCUUUCGCAGUGCUCAAUAGGCCAGAUCUUCAGUUAUAUACAGCCAAUCCCAUUGUGUUUGCUUUCAAUUUCCUACUGGUUACUGUUCAGAGAAUAGUGUUUGAAUGACUCUAGUGGAGAUGCUGGAGUCUAUUGUGAUUAUUUCUCUGGGGGCCUAUAUAUCUGUUGUCAGAUGAAGUGCUGUGGUGGGGAAGGAGGUAAAAGCAAGCAUAAGUCACUUGCAUGUAAAACAAAAUAAUACCUGAAGUAACUGUUUCUAAGAGUCAACACCAUUUUCAGUUUUAUUGCAGUUUUUAUCUUUAUAUUCUAUUUUCUACACUGACCUUUCUGCUUUAACUUAAAAAAAUAUAUUUUUUAUCUUGUCUCAAAGCUGUUCGUAUAAUGUUGGAUAAAAGGUCAAAUAAAUAAAAAUGAUUGCUCUGCUAAAUUACGAAGCUAUCUCAUCUCUCAAAUGUAUAUAGCAAGUCUCAGUUAGAAUGGUUCUGCAGAAGAUAAACUGUGGGGAAGUACACUGGUCUUUCGUUCGACAGCCAGUCUGUAAUAUUAAGAGAUAAAAGAUAUAUGCAACUUUUAAGAAGGAAGACAGAAAACUAAAGUGGGAGGAAUGGUGUAACAUUAGUUGUUCAAGCUAGCCUUCCCCUUUAAUAAAAAAAACCCCCAAAGAUAUUUGGGUCUCCGACUGUGGCUUUGACAUACAUCAGACAGUUCCACAACUGGGAAAGAAACAGAAUAUAAAAUAUCAUAGAAUCCAGCAAUUUGCACAGAAAGGGGAAACAUGAAUAGCAGACAUUCAACCAAGUUUUACUCAGAGUAGACCUGUUGAAAUUAAUGGGCCUAACUUAGUCAUGUUCAUUAAUUUCAGUGCGUCUACUCUAAGUAAAAUAUAGUUGAAUAACUCUCAAUGUGUUUUAAAAUUGCCCACUCGUGGUAGGAAAAUUAAAACACAGGAGUGUAUGCAGUGUUUCAUGAACAGAAGACAGCUUGCACAAUGUAUGUUUUCCCCUAGAGUCCCCUCCCAGCCUUUCCAGAGACUUGGGAAGACCUAACAGACAUUGUGGACGGUGAUGUGCAAAGUGCAAGACCUCUGUGCCAGAUUUGGGGGAAUUCCCUCGCCCCCUGCAGCCCUGUGGAACACAGCCCACAAUGUGGGGUGACUCUCUGGAGAGGCUUUUUAGGGGUGGUGGGGAGAGGGAAAGAUCUGUUGCAUGACGUGAUAUAAGGCAGUUUCCCACUUCCUGUAUGACAGUAGAGAGCACUGUGCUAAUAAUGCAAAGGAGGGGAAUCAUUUGUUCCAUUGCCUGGGGUGAUGAGGAAAGAAAGCCAAAUAGUUAAAAAGCAUAACUUGCUUAUUCAGUAUUUCUCCACUCACACGAUGCUCCUGCUGGAUGGAGAAAAGGGAGGAAUUUGCAGGCUGAGGAACCAUCCAGGGCCAUGAGAUGGGUGGGGUAGGGGGAUGGAAAGGGAAGGGGAAAACAGGGGGAAAUUGUCUCCCUACCCUUUCUCCAGUGGGAGGCUCUGCUGAAUCUGGGCCUCUUUCACUUCAUGGGAGGGACACACUGUGGAUCCGGCCUGUGGAAUAUAGAAGCACUGCAGUUGCUUCAUCAGGAUUUAGCGUUCUGUUAGGUAAGAUAAAGUACUGGCUAAAGUCCUAUGAAGUAGGAGUCCCCUUGUGCUCUGAAAUAGGUGCAUCAUUUUAGUGCUUUGGAUUGGGUAGUGCUAGAAUAGGACUGAACACUAGAACCAUUCCAGAUUGUUUUAUUCACUUAUUGGUGUAUUCUUGAAGGACCUUGUCACCGUUUGGUGCUUAUCAAUACCAAUUGCAAUUUAAAACUUUCCAGUUAUUGAGGAAAACUCGUGAACGAUGCUUCAUUCUUGGUGGCAGUGGGGUGUUUGACAGAUGUCCUUCAUGAGCAGCCUUUCACCCAUGUUCUUGUACAGAGAAUGCUGCCCACAUGCAGAUGCAGAUUUCUGUUUGAAAGUUGCAUCAGUCAGCAGCAGACAGUGGGGAAAGGAACCAUGUGGUGCUCACUAGCCAGGGUUAUUUGAGGGAACAUUUUAGAGUUUGUGUCUAUUGAAUCCAUGCUUAUUGGCUGGGGUGGGAUUGAGAGCAUAAUUAGGCUUUGUGGGUGUUUGGCAAUAUGUAGGCCGCUUUCCAUCGUUCUUGCAACUGGAAGAUGGUCUUAACUGGACUUGUAUGUAGCAUUUAGCUUCUUGUGGUUUAGGCAUGUAGCAAAAACUAGGGAGUGUGUUGUCACAAGAGGUAGCGAGGGCUUUAGAAGAGGAUUAGACCAAUUCAUGGAAGAUAAGGCUAUCAGUGACUACUAACCCUGAUGGUUGUGUUUCACUUCCACUGUUGAAGGCGGUAUGCAUCUGAAAGCCAGUUGCUAGGAUCACAAGUGACGAGAGCUCUGUUGCACUCAGGGUCUGCUUGGGGCCUUCCCAUGGGCAUCUGGUUGUUGGACUAGAAGGGCCUUUGGCCUGGCCUUAUCCAGAAGCUCUUCUUACUUCCUUCUGAUGAUCUGAUGCAUUUUCUGCAACACAGUUUGAUGCACCAGAGGCAAGGGCUCUCUUAAAGUAACCAGACAAAUGAAUGCAUGCUUUGGACAGUUUUGGUUGACUUUGGUAGUCUUUUCAUUUCUACUUUGAUUCUGAGCAGUGUAUUUGAGUAGCUCCCCAUUCUCCAUACCCCGGAAACACAACAAUAUUGCUUCUAUUACAGUAAUGAAAAUGGAAGGACAAACCUUAACUGAAUAAAGGCCACAGCUUUAACCCUUCAUACUUGCUGGCCUUAAACAACAUGCUAAGGAGCCGUUGUAUUUGCUGAAUGACAUCAAGGUGGUUGAGUUUUCAGUUUGUUUUGAAUGCCCCUGCCCAAGCAAGAACUUGGUAUUACUCAGUAUAUUAUUUCCAGCAAUUAUAUUGAUGAUAUCAAGAAACACUUCAAGGAUCAUGAAUGUGAAGAUUGCUGACGUUUGUUUAUUUAUAAAUUGCAGGCAGUUGCUGGAUAUUUUGAUAUAUAUUUUGAGAAGAAUUGCAGUAAAACAGUGAGUACAUGUUCAAAAUUAAUUUAAAGAUAUAUAUUUUGUCAGCUUUUUGCCUUAAGGUGUUUUGGAGUAAGUCUGUUUUGCUGUUGCAAGCAUUUAAUGUAUGUGUGCUAAAUUAAUGUAGCAUGAUAUUAAGUCUUGUAUGUCAUCACAGAUUUUUGAACUCUGUCACUGCAGGUAUUGUUCUCAACUAGUCCCUGCUGUACCAAAACACACUGGAAGCAAACAGCAUUUUUUUUGGAGAACCCAAUUUCUGUGGAAGCAGGUACAGUAUUAUUUUUCCUAGCUAAAUAUAAUUUCUAUAAUACUAGAUUUUUCUUGACACGCUUUCAGAUUUGUUUCAAAAGCUGAAAGUAAAUACUUGGGAAUUUCCUGCACAACUUCCAAUAAUAAUUUCCCUCCUGCCUUAUACUAUAUGUGAAAGUUCUUGCUUUUAGUUCACCAAAAUAAUGUGACUAGAGGCUUACAAGGACUUUGCCUCAUGCAGUAUUGCAUUAUGAAUGCUCUUUCACUAGAUAGAUGAAUACACAUACUCUGCACAUAGGCAAGUAGAACAAAAGAAAGAGGACUAGGUAAAAAUAUUUCUCCCCAUAUACUAGCUUUCUACAUGCAGGGACUUUUUACAUGACAGCAAUCAAAACUGCAACCCCUGUCAUCUAGCCAGGAGUUGUAAGAGUCCAAGAAAGACUUUGGUACCUUAUUUCCCCAGUGAGUAGUGAUGUUUACAUACCAUUUCAUAAUGACUUGUUCACAUUACAUGUGCAGAGCAGGUCACUGUUUGCUUAAAUCAAAUUUGACCAGAAUAUGGACUAGGCCAUAUUACUUAACUUGUUUCUCGGUUGAGCAUACACUUCAUGUACAAGUAGUACAAGUAGUACAAGUGUAUAUUUACAGAGUCUACCCACAUUCACACACAAGGAAGAGUGUGUUGGGCCAUAACUUCCCAAGGGAGAGAAGGAAAAUGCAUUCAUAUGCAGUGGCUUCAGGGGUGGUGAAAUAUACAAUAUGCACACACAGUUGUUCUUCAUUUGUAGCUUCUGCAGUGGAACUGUGCUUCUGGCCACGCCCCUGAUGGUACUGGUUGCACGGCUGGGAAAGCAGCGUAGGAGCAGCUGUUCAUACGUAGACUUGUCUACUUUAUUAAAUUUUCCUUCCCUUCCUGCAGAGAGCACUGCAACCAAAUGUGGCAUGACCAGUGCAGUAUUCAGGGUCAGGAGCAGGGCCAGCGGUAGACAUCCACUGCCCACUUGUCCACAUUUAGAAGCCGUGCAUGAAGAAAGAAUUAAUAAGGCCACUGUAGCCUCUUAGUGAAGCAGGCCUUAGUUGCUUUUGAUCUAUGUGUAGUCCAGGGGUAGACAACAUGGUUCCCUCCAGAUGUUGCUGGACCACAACUCCCAUGAUGCCUGACCAUUUGCCAUGCUGGUUGGGGCAAAUGGGAGUUGGAAUCCAACGACACCUGGAGGGUACCUGAUCUAACCUGAAGAACACAAGAUUUCCUUUGAGUGUAGUCUCUUGGGCUCCUGAAAUGGAGCAAACAGUCCAGGAAGGUGCACUUUCAUGUAUUGAGGCAGGCAUACAUGGAACUUUCUUUGCCCAGUGCCACAACUCCAAAUGUGUGUGCUUGAGUUGGAUGUGGCGGUGUUAGGCUCCUAACUAGCUUUUUUCCACAGGUCAUUUUAGCUGACCUUUCUUGCUUGUUCUACAUUAAUAAAUGUGCAGUGGCAUUUGUCAGAACAUGCUUAACAUUAAAAAAUAGGUGUCUAAUCUACUAUAAGAACUCUGUUAACUAAGGUCCAGUGACUUUAAGAACAAUCUUAGACCCUGAGCAUAUGGACCUAAUAAGUGCAUGAUCUUUCUAUACCAGUGAUCACAGUAAAUCUGGUUAUCAGUAUUUCCUUGUCAUGUGUUCCAGAAUCCGUACAUAAUUUAUUCUCCACCAGAACUUCUGCUUUUGUUUAACCCUUCAGGGUGGAGUUAAAAAGGGAGUGAAGGGGGAAAUGGGGGUACAAAGAGGGUUGCAAAAAAGUGGGUGUAGGAGAAAGGGAUUGAAGAUGAAAGCAGCCAUUUCCUCAAAGUCUAAUUUCUUCUGAUUUUCACCUAAAAACAUUACCAAAACCUCACUAGCCAAACUUCUCUGAUAACCUCCCCUUUUCCUUCUGCAAACAAGCAACUUCAUUCAUUUUUGCACUGUGAUACCACUUUCACUCUUCAACCCAAUGUCCUUACCCAAUUAACCCAAAGCCUCUCUUUUUCACAUCCUAGUUUUCCUGUUGGUUCCUAGGAAUGCUUCUAAGAACAAUUUGUGUACUGGUUUUAGCAUUUCUAAGCUCAAACUGGUAUUGGUGUGCUGUUUAUAGAUUUUAAUACUUUUCAGUAAACGUGCUAAUUUCCUUUUGAGACCGUAAGGUAGUCUCAAAUAUUAUCAAAAAUUAAUUCUGAUUUAUCUCUCUGAUUUAUCUCUCUGGUCCCUCUUGGGGUGCCAAACAUGGGAAUAUGUCCAAAUCUCAAUGUCAAAAGCUCCCUCAUAUUGCAGGCUUGCAUGUAAGCAGCACACUUCAUUACCAGCCCAUUCAUCAGUAAAGUGUAUAUGUCUUUAAAAUUUAAAAACAGUGGAUGGCAUUCAUUAAUUUCAGUGGGUCUGCUCAGAGUAGGACUUAGUUGAACACAACCCAUAGGAAAGAAGAGUGUCAAGGCUACUUCACAUAUGACUUUUGCAGUAAUUGCCCAUUUGACAGAAUAAAUCACGUGACGUAUACAUGAAAAAUGUCCAUCGGUGUGUACAUAUUUUCUCCUACCUAGAAUAUUAAACUACCAAGGCUGAACUGGUCUUCAGAAAAGUGUUUUCCUCUGACGAGUUUUGGCUGCAGUGCUCUGCUGUGUACAACCUUUUAAAUUGCUGUGGAAAACAACAAACAUUUUAUUUUCACUGCAAGGCAUUAUCAAGAACAUAAAAUGCAACCAUGUGCUGUUUUAUUGCUAAUGGGUUUUGUGUGGUUUCCCCCCCUCUUUUUUUGGUUCAAGUUAAUGGUUUUUCUCCCGUUCAGAGUAAGUCAGUGCAAAAUCCUUUUUUUAAGAUUUCAAGAAAAGUUAUAUUAAACAUUAGGUUGAGAUCGCAGCCUGGUAAGUCAGAGAUGCUCUCAAGCAUAUCCUUUCUAUUUUGGCGAGAAAUAAAAAAACUUUUAAGAGCUGGAAGACUUCUAAUUUGUGGAAGGCUUCAAAGCUAAAGACAGUUCUUGCAUAAAAACACCAUUGAGCAUUCAUGAGGUAGCCUUGUGAAAUCUAUGGGGCAUAUCUAUGUCAGUCAAGAAUGUACUUCAAAAAAUGCCCUUCAAAGUGGAUAGCUCCCCUUGUCUAUAACAUAUUAAGGCUGCCCUUUCUUCUGUCAUUUAGCUAUGCAGCAAGGUAUUACGAACAAAUGGAGCAUGGUGACAGCAUUCUGUUGUACCUCACUGUGAAUCGCCAUCAUAUUCUGGAACAUCACUCAUUCAUAUCAGUUCCUACCACUCUAGUUAGAAAAAUCUUACUUUGCAAAUCUUACUUUGCACUAUGCAGACCAAAUCUUGGCUGCUUUAAUGAAGUUCAGUGGGACUUCCAUCCUUUCUGGACAAAACUCCCCCCCCCCCUUAAGGUCAUGGCCUCCGUAAUGUGCAAGAGAUGCCUUUUUAACUUAACACACACACCCCAGCAAAGAUAAUAUGGAAUAUACAAUACUAGAAGCUUCUCCUUUGCUUGUCAGCUCCCCUACCAUUCCUCCAUUAACACCCUUCCCACCCCAUGCCACCAGCUUUCCCAACCCCAUUUCUGGAGCCACUUCUCUCUUCUAGUCUGCGGCCCCCCUUUGCACCCAUUUUCACCGUCAUCCUCAUGUCCUUGCCACUGCCUCCCCCACCUUUUGUGCCACCCCACCCCACCUUACUUACUAACCACCCCCUAGUAAUCUCCUGUAUCCUCUUCCUUCUCCUCCUGCAUAUUGCACCUAGUAAGCAUACUUUUCACCUCCUAUUUUGGGGUGAGACAACCAUUUUGUUUAUUUUUCUGGUCCUCAUACAUUUUGAAGUUCAAAUCAGUUAUAGUUUGUUUUUUGCAGUAUUUGGAUGUGCCUUUUUUCAUUUGAUUCUGCUUCACUGAUAAGCUCCUUUGAAGAUUUCUAUAGCAGCUGUACUUAGAAGGGACGCGGGUGGCGCUGUGGGUUAAACCACAGAGCCUAGGACUUGCCGAUCAGAAGGUCGGUGGUUCGAAUCUCCGCAACUGGGUGAGCUCCCGUUGCUCGGUCCCUGCUCCUGCCAACCUAGCAGUUCGAAAGCACGUCAAAGUGCAAGUAGAUAAAUAGGUACCGCUCCGGCAGGAAGGUAAACGGCGUUUCCGUGCACUGCUCUGGUUCGCCAGAAGCGGCUUAGUCAUGCUGGCCACAUAACCCGGAAGCUGUACACCCCUCCCUCAGCCAAUAAAGCAAGAUGAGCACCGCCACCCCAGAGUCAGCCACGACUGAACCUAAUGGUCAGGGGUCCCUUUACCUUUACCUUACUGUUGUCCCAUUGGUUUUUUGCUACUGUGUGCUUCAUACUGGGGCCGUUUCCAUGAUCCCUUGGAUUUCACAGGCCAUAACAUUUGAAAAGGCCACUAUAACCAAUCUUUUCUGCUCAAGGCAGAGGCGUUCCUUUGGAUCCCCAAUGGCAUUUUCUAUCCUUUAUUGUUGGGUACAGUGAAAUGUAGUCAUGCCAAUCUAUUUUCUCCAUUUGAGUACUGUUUCUGUACUUGCAUGAUAAUCCCAUAAACUUUCUGUCUUGUCUGAGAGCUGUAAUUGAGUCCUGAUGGUUGUAAUUGGAGCUGGUCUUCUCUUUCCCUUUUGUUUGCACUGGGAAUGAUUGAAUCACCGUGCAUCCCCAGAGAGUCUGUUAAUUGGGUGUCUAAUAAAUAUGAUAAAUAAAUAAUAUCACAUCAUAUGAAUAGUUUGUCCCAUAAGUAUGUUGUAGUGUCACUGAGUCGCCCUUCGGUUUAAGCAAGAGGCUCAACGAUACAUGAGCAGAAAUGCUAAAACAUGCUCAGCCAUAGAGCAGUGCCUUUUUAAGAGGAAAAAAAAACCCUACUAAUUUUGUAUGCUGCAGAAACAGCACACUUCUUGUUCCGUUCCUGUUUGCUGUACUUUUUACUAUGCAAAGCCAACUUAAGUGUUCUCCAAGGGAAGAAUGACAGUACUGCAGUAGAAAGAUAAUGCAUUCAGUCUUGAUCAAACCAUGACAUGACUUGUGCCUUCCUUGCAUCUUAUUGAGCAUAGGUGAUGCAGCUCAGUCUCUGGAAGCGUUUUCUGCAGGGCAUAGAGCAGUAGAGCUGUUGAAAGCACAUCAGUCAUUUUAUAUCUAUAUGGCAUUGAUUAAUUGGUCUGAUCUUCCUCUCUAUUAUGAUUACACAGCCAUUGCUUUAGUUUAGCAACGGGAAUGGCUGGGCACAAAAGAUUUAACGUGGCCUGUUGGGGCGAGGAAAAGGAAAAUAUCUUCCUCAUGACAAUGAAUUAAACUGAUUGUCUGGGUUGCUUAAUGCAAUUAACAUGGUUAUAAAUAACUGGGGGCUGCCUUUAAUGAAAGCUGUGGUAGGUUGUUAUAGAAAUGUUGCCUCUUACAGCUUGCCUCAAGGUAUGCAUCACUAGAGCUGUUUAAAUAGCAAAUUUAAUUCAUUUUUAUGCAAUUAAACUUAGACUGUGUGUUCUGAUAAAAUCCCCCAGGGGGUAGAAUUAUAACUCUACUGUAGGAUCUGGUUGUCCACAUUUUUAGGGACAUUUUGGCUGGCUUUUGUGUGCUGCUGUCAGACAUAGAAUAUUUUUGUGAGCAGAUUGACACAUAUUGGGCCUAUUAAUCAAUUCUAUACACUGUGUGUGUGUGUUUAAGACCAGCCUCUUUUAUGUACAGUAUAUUCCAAAUGAUUGUGAAAUCUUGUCUAUACUGUCAAAAUUAUUUUGAGUUAGAUUUUGCAACAUGCAAAUUAAUUUUAUAUGAACUAGUACACCUUCAGUUCUCAGCUAUCAUUAGUUUUCUGCUGCCUUUGGGGUGUGGGGGAUAGAAAGGGUUGGUUUUUUUAGGGCCUCAAUUCUUCUGCUGCUCUUUUCUUUUGGAAUUGUUUUUUUUUAAAGGCCUCAGUUCUUCACUGUUGCAUAACUGGUCAUACACAACAAUGAAUAAGAUUAAUCCCAUCAGCUCAAUGGGUUCAGAUGUGCCUUGCAUUCCGACGCAUGUAUGGUCUUGCUGUUCUUGAAUGCUUAUGAUGACUUCACAAAAGGCCCCUGUCAACAAUAUUAACUAGCACAGAGAUUUAAUUCUGUAUUUAUGCAGUUAUUGAAUGUGCUUCUCAGAGUUUCUGACAAAGGAAACAGUGGUGCUCCAUAGAGCUAAAAAGGUCAGAUUAGUUAUAUUCUUGAAUUUAUGAAGACUCCAAGUACAAAGAGUGUCUGCUACUCAAGAUAAUACUAUAAUAAAGCAAUCCUGGAACUUUAAAGGCAAUUAUUUUAAAGGGGGGGGGGCUGGAAAACAUCACAUGUGGUACCAAAUAGGCUUUUCCCCUUCUUCUUACUUUUUCUCAUCAAACCAAUCUCUAGUCCUGUUCACAUGACAUUAAUAGAAGAUCUUUACUUAGGAGCUGAUAUUUUAAUACAUGAAAGAGUCACCCGGUUCCAGAAUACGGAUAGCUCUUCUAAGGGGAUACUCCCACCCAUUACAUGUAUGCAUAUUUUUGUUUUACACUAACAAUUCACAUCAAACCAUGAUUUACAUAGGCUUUCUCCAGUCACUCAAAAAUGGAGAACACAUACCGUAUGUUUUUAUGCCAAAUGUACAUUACCUAUUUUCAUAACAAAUUACUGGACUAUUUGUGAACAGAAUUAAAAAAUCAAACCAUGUCUGCUGCGUUAGUUAAUCUGGCAUAAAUUGUGAAACUAUUGAUUAUACUUUGCCAACAUGCUGAUUUUUUCAUGCAUUUGUCCCUUAUGAAGACACAUGAGGCAUCUGGAUGGGAUAUUUUAAGGUCUGCUUAUUUAAAAUAGCCAUCAGUAAUCAUUUCCCCUGCAGUGAUUUUAGUAAAGGUUCACCUUUCCCAAGGAUUCAUGCAUUCAUGCAGUUUUGAACUACAUACAAAUAGCAAUGUUAUAAAGGUAACUGAGUAUGCAUGAAUGUAUUCAUGAAAUCUCCAGGCUCAAUUUGCAAAAUUAUGUUUUGUGACAUAAGGAGACACAAAGAAUCAUUUCUCUACCUGCUCUCUCAGAAGAUGGAAAGAGUUAUGAGAAAGGGUUGGAUUGGCUGUAGAAGGAAAAGACAGGAUUUCCUAUGGACCAAAUGUUUUGGAGUAAAAGUUCUAGAAUACGUUCUUUUAUUGCAUUUAUAUUUCAAAUUUAAAAACGCAAUUAAAAAAAAAAGAUACAAGGAGGGGUGUUGCUUUAUAUAAAGGGAACAGAUCGAACUGCUACACUAUUAGAAGAAAAAUAAAUAGGACAAAUAAAUUAGUCAUUUCUGACAGUCUUCAGUGCCUGAGCACAGAUAAGACUUUGCUAAUUUUUCUGUACAAGGAGAGGCAUAAAAUAUGCAGGAAGUUGCACUUCCUCGUUUGAAGAGUGAAUAGUAAGGCCACUUUGGGGGAACGCCAAUAUGUGCCUUAAUUCAGGCUGCUUUAAGCAUAGUGCCACCAUCCCAUACAAUAUAUCUAUACAGUCCCAUACAUAUGUCAUUUCAGAAUUAAUUUCUGCUGAGUUGAAUGGAGCUUGCUCCCAGUUAAGUUACAGCCCAAGGCUCCAAAAUUCUCUUAAUGCUACCGUGUUCAUCAGAUAAAACCUUUCAUUUCAUUGCUCAUCUAGACGUCUGUCAUACAUGUUGUAGAAUUAAUGUGUUUGGUUAUAAAAACAAGUUUCCCUCAUCCCUUGAAGGUACAGUGGCUCUCCAUUUUGUACAGUCUGCUAUAGUUCCUCUUAACGCCAAGUAAACACUUGCUCUUACAUAAAAUGUGCUGAUGCUGUCUUCAAAAUUUAUACUAAACUUCUUCUCUUUCUUUUUUAUACUAGCAGCUUUAUGUUCAUCCCCUAAAUUAAUAAAACAAUUGAAAACCUCUAAAGAUACAUAAAAGGUGGUAAUGAUGAUUUUGCUCGCUGCUGAAGCACAUUUGUCUCUGGGGUGGAAUAUAAGCAACUGCUUAAUAGCAAAUUAAACACACUUCGAAGGAUUGGGACAAACAAAUUCGGCUGAAACAUCCUGGGAUAAUAUUUAAAUAAGCAGGAUCUUUUUGGUACAUUGCCAAAAUAUCUGCACUAAACACCUACUGAAAGAGCUGGCAAAUCUUAAACAAAAACAGUCAACAAUUUACUUUGUAAUAUAAAAUAAAUACAUUUGGUUCUUUCUUAAAUACAGGCAGUUCUUCAAAAUACCCUUUAGCCAAAUCCUAUAAAGUCCAUUUCUAAGUACUCAUGCAAUUACAAAGCAUAGGACAGACUACUGCAAACAGAUGGAUUUGCCUAUGUAAUGUUGUGAUGUAUUGGCUGUGGUUUGGUUUUUUUGUUUUGUUUUUUAAAGCAUGGUUGUAUGGUUGUUAAAAUCUUCAGUUUGUUAAAGUACCUGUGCCUCCAUCUCCCAGUAGAUAACCUGACAGAGACUUCACAGAAGGUUAUCAAGCGUGAUUGCUUUUUGUUUCCUUGACAAAGGUUUUAGGAUGGUUGCUAGGUGCCAAUUUGGAUAUCAUACGUUUAUGUUUAAAGGUCAAAGGCAGCACAAAAGUAUGUAGCCACUUAGCUGCCUUCUUACCUGCUGUCUCUGCCCAUCCCUUAGCCCCGUCUCUGUUUUAAAAUCAUUAGAAAGCUGUCAAACAAAAUAUGUCAUAGUUUCCAACAACUGAAGGGAUAUCAAAGCAAUGGUGUUGCAUUAAGUAGAUUCCCUAAACCUAUCUCUGAGCAGGAGAGAACCAACUUUAUGGUUUUAUGUGAGUGUGUGCAGAAUUUUCAUUAGGGAAAUCUUUUGGAAGUGGUGGGUAUCAGUCUGGUAAUUAAAAGACAGAAGGACUUUUCCAGAGUCACUGGGGGCAGAAUUCAGUGCUGUAGUGUUUUAAGGGUGACUCUUUUCUUCCUACUGUUGCAUUAAUAGGAUGGUGAAGUUUUCAAAAAUAUGCUACCCAGAUAUUCAAAAACAUGCCACCCGAUCUCAAUUGUCAUGACUUGUUACCAUAUUAUAACAAGUUCCUUCAAUGAAGCAGGUGCCACUGUGCAUGCAAAUUUAGUAACACUGUGUGUAACCAUUUCCUUGGUAAACUAAUAAAGUUGCUUCAUUUGUGCAUUGUUUUGUAGGUGAAGAACUGAAAGGAAAGAUAACAGUCCACAAAAACAGAAAAGAUCCACGUUCCCUCAUCAUAACACUUUCACUGAAAAAUGUGAAGCAGACAUACAGUCUUCAGUGAGGACUACUCCACAGCUGGCUUUGAAAUGUAUAAAAUGAAUAAAAACAAUGGUUGUAUGGAUCAACAACUUCGAAAUACGUUUUUCUGGAAAUGAUAGUGCUAGAAAGUGUGUACCCAUAGACUGUUGGUUCUUCUCUGCAGGCCAUUUCAUACAAUCCAAAGCAGUUAGAAGAAGAAACCAUGAGGGAAUUAAGUUUAUUUCAAGUCUGCUAUCGUGGACGUAAGCAGCGCAACUUUAAAAAAUACUUUUGACCUGUUAAUGAAAUCAUACUAAGUUGUACUCAGAGUAGAUUCAAUGAAAUAAAUGAUUUCAAUGGGUCUACUCUGAACAUGGCAUUGUUGGAUAUCGUUCUUGGAUAAUUAAGUAUUUAGAAACAUAGUCAAGGUUCUUGACAAGGAAUCUUGUGGAAUUUACUUAUUGCAAUCCCCCCCCGCCAGUUUUGACCUCCUUUAGAUGGGCAAAACAUUAUUUUUCCUCAAGUAUUUUUAUAUUACAACUGAAAAAAUAAAGUUUUUUGUAUUGACACUAUAAAUUUAUUAUGUGUCUUGACUAUGAGAUUUUUGUAUUGAGCCACCUGUUGAGACUUUGAGGUAUCAGUCUUGUCAAUUCUUUGUUUUGCUAACUUGUCACACUUGAUAUUAUAUGCCCUUCUACAUACAGAAUAAAAUCCCAUCACCCAUU